AAAAGAGAGAGGCAGGUCGAGCGAAGAGAAGGACCGUCGGCCAAUGAGACACCAGCCCGGUGAUGACGUCGUCGUUGUCUCACGUCGAAGUCUCACCAAAAGUCUUCGCCAGCCACUAGUUCGUCCGCGGUCUCCCGGCUGGACGAGGAGUUCGUCCUUUUCACGAAUCUGAUCACCGACAGUGAAACAAGCCAACAUUGGACAUUCACGGAUACCACACGGAAGGAUCGUGGCUGAAGAAGGCUGCUGUCAGCCAUGGGGACGGCCAAGAUGAAACAUCUUUGGCCGUUUGUGGCGUGGACAUUCCUUCUGCUCCUGUGUCCGAUCGAAUCUCUGAGAGGGCUCGGCCACGGGCUAAGAAGAGAGGUGUUCUUCCUGAACCUGGAGGACGGUUACUUCGGGUGCCAGGUGAACGAGUCGACGGAAGUGCUGCAGCUCCUCGAACUGUCCAAACUGUGCGACAACCACGUGGAUUGUUACCAGGGCACGGACGAGCAACGCGACAGAUUGAAGUGUACAGACGAUUGCACGAAGGAGGAUGGGACCAGGUGUCUGAACGGCGUGUGCCUUGGCUCCGUGUGCCACUGCAACGACGGUUUCGGUGGUUGCAAUUGUCAGGUACCAGACGAGAACGAGUGCAAAUACCGGCCCUGUGAUAUAUUCGCGCAUUGCACCAACACUCUUGGUAGCUUCCAAUGUUCCUGUUUCCCCGGCUACCAAGGGGACGGUUUCCACUGUGAAGACAUCAACGAGUGCGAUAACCCGGCAUUCGCCGCGAGAUGCGUGGAGAACGCCGAGUGUUGCAACCUUCCGUCCAACUUCCUGUGCAAAUGCAAGCCGGGCUACUUCGGCGACGGCGAGGUCCGUUGCGAGGAUGUGAACGAGUGCCUGAUACCUGGCGCGUGCGGCGACAAUACCGUGUGCAACAAUAUCCCGGGCAAUUACACUUGCGCCUGUCAACCUGGUUUUACGGGAGACCCGUACGAAUCUUGUAUCGAUAUCAACGAGUGCAAUUACGUGGGCGCCUGCGGGCGGGGCGCGCUGUGCAUCAACUUGGCGGGCGGGCACAAAUGCGAGUGUCCCGAGGGUUAUAACGGCAACCCGGAGGAGGAAUGCGUGGACGUCGACGAAUGCCUGCGCUCUCCUUGCGGCCGUUCGGCCCAGUGCACAAACCUGGACGGCAGUUUCCGCUGCGCUUGCCCGGAAGGAAUGAGCGGCGAUCCUUGGAUAGGCUGUCACGAUGUAAACGAGUGCGAGGAGGGCGCACCAUGUGGGACGGAUGCGGUGUGCGUGAACACGGAGGGUAGUUUCGAGUGCAGGUGUGAGGCAGGCUAUCGGAUGGACCCGGCGCACGGUUGCAUCGACGUGAACGAGUGCGCUCGAGCGGAUGCAUGCGCGGAGAACGCGAGAUGCAUCAACGUGCCCGGAUCGUACAAGUGUAUCUGCCCCCAGGGUUUCAUCGGUCAAGGACUAACCCUGUGCGAAAACGUGAACGAAUGUGAGACAAACCCUUGCGGCGAGAACGCUGAAUGCAGCGACACGAUCGGCAGCUUCGUAUGCAGUUGCAAGACGGACUACACUGGGGAUCCUUUUAAGGGAUGCAGCGACAUCGACGAGUGCACGGCGUUGGAGAGCCCCUGCGGGAGAAACGCGAUUUGCAAGAACAAGGAUCCCGGUUACAACUGCGUCUGUCCACCGGGAUACACUGCCAAUCCAGAUCCGAGGGUCGCUUGCGAGCAGACCGACGUGACCACCCUGUGCAAGUCGAACUUCGAUUGCGUGAACAACGCCGAGUGCAUCGAGGGGCGAUGCUUCUGCAAGAACGGGUUCAAAGCGGUCGGAGCCGAGUGCGUGGACGUGGACGAGUGUCUUUCGAACCCGUGCGGGCCGGCGUCGAUCUGCGGCAACACGAGGGGCAGUUAUCACUGCGAAUGCGAGUCUGGCUUCGUUGGAACCCCGCCCCAUAUACCGUGUAAAGCACCGUGCGACGAGGUAACUUGCGGAGAUCACGCUUACUGCAAGGCGGACGGCCACGAGGCUUACUGCAUCUGCGAGGACGGAUGGACGUUCAAUCCGAACGACAUCGCGGCUGGAUGCGUUGAUAUAAACGAGUGCGACGCGAUAAACGGGCCUUCGGGACGCUGCGGCAGAAAUGCGAUCUGCACGAACACUUUGGGCGGGUUCAGUUGCCAGUGCAGGCCAGGAUUCUCGGGAAACGCUUUCAAACAAUGCAUGGAUAUAGACGAGUGCGCGAGGGCGGAUACUUGCGGCCACGGGGCCACGUGCACCAACACCGAGGGUUCCUACUCGUGCACGUGUCCAGAGGGAACGAUUCCGGAUCCCGACCCUUACAUCAAGUGCGUAGGCAUAGUGACGUGCGAGGUGGACGGCGACUGUCCUGGAAAUGCCAUUUGCGAUCCGCAAAAGCGUUGCCUGUGCCCCGAGCCCAACGUUGGAAACGACUGCAGACAUCCGUGCGAGGAUUUGUCGUGCGGGCCGAAUGCCCACUGCAUGCUGUCCAACGACGUGGCCACGUGCCUCUGCCGGAGCGGUUACACGGGGAAGCCUGGGGUGAAGGGCGGUUGCAGGGACAUAGACGAGUGCGCGAUCAAUCCGUGCCCCCAGGGGGCGAUCUGCAACAACGAGCCGGGAUCGUUCUCCUGCCAGUGCCCGAGCGGUACCACGGGCGAUCCUUACAGCGGUGGUUGCCAGGAGUCGAAGGCGCCCCACGUUUGCGGGCCGAGCACCCCCUGCCCUGCCGGGGAACAGUGCAUCAAGGACGAGUUCGUUGGAAGCAGCGUUUGCAUUUGUCAGAGGGGGUACACCAGGGAUCACGAGAGCGGCAAGUGUAGGGAUAUCAACGAGUGCAUGGAGCUCAGGGACAAGCCUGCUUGCGGCGUAAACGCCAUUUGCAAAAAUUUGCCAGGAAGUUACGAGUGCCAGUGCCCACCUGGAUUCAACGGCAAUCCCUUCUCGCUUUGCGAAGAGUGCAACAGUAUCGAGUGCCAAUGCCAGCCCCCGUACAAGAUCGUGAACGGGAAAUGCAUGUUGGCCGGUUGUUCCAAGGGAGAGAAGUGUCCGAGCGGCGCUGAGUGCAUCACCAUAGCUGGCGGAGUCAGCUACUGCGCUUGCCCCAAAGGGUACACGACCAAGAGCGACGGUUCUUGCGAAGAUAUAAACGAGUGCAUCGUCGGGCACCAAGUGUGCGGGUACGGGGCAGAGUGCAUAAACCUUGCAGGAUCGCAUCAGUGCGUCUGCCCGCACGGUUACGGCGGUGACCCGUACAACGGCCUCUGCUCCCCGGCUCAGAAGAGGUGCACCAGCGACAACGAGUGCAAGGCGAACGAGAAAUGCGUGCAGCCUGGCGAAUGCGUUUGCCCGCCGCCGUUUUACACCGAUCCCCUCGAUGCGAACCUUUGCAAAAAUCCUUGCGACAGGUUUCCAUGCGGCAUAAACGCCAAGUGCACGCCGAGCGAUCCACCGAGAUGCAUGUGCGAGGCCGGCUACGAGGGGGAUCCCCAGCACGGUUGCGUGGACGUGAACGAGUGCGCGAACAACCCCUGCGGGCACGGCGCCUACUGCAUCAACACGAAAGGCGACCACAUCUGCGAAUGCCCGAGGGGCACGGUGGGCGACCCUUACGGGGGCGGGUGCACCGGAGCCGUGGCCAAGAACGAGUGCAGCUCGAACGACGACUGCGACAAUCUGUUCGCAUGCGUGAACGGCAGAUGCGUGAACCCUUGCGACAACAUACCCUGCGGGCCGAACGCUUACUGCGAGCCGGACAAACACGCAGCUUGGUGCCGAUGCGUGAUCGGAUUCGUCGAGGGGAAGAACAACGAGUGCGUUUCGCAAUGCGACGGGUUCGUGUGCGGUUCCGGGGCGCAGUGCAUCGUGAGUUACAGCGGGCCGACGUGCAAGUGCGUCGAGGGUUUCAUGGGGAAUCCGUUCCCCGGCGGGCAAUGCCAACCGGAUAUUUGCUCCCCGGAAGUCCCUUGCGCUGAGCCAAGCGUGUGCAUAAGCGGGCGGUGCAAGCGCCGUUGCGAGGGCGUGGUGUGCGGCGUGGGCGCCUCUUGCGACCCGGCUACCAACAAAUGCGUGUGCAACCCGUACUUCAUCGGGAAUCCGGACCUCCUUUGCAUGCCGCCCAUCCAACCGCCCGCCUGCGACCCCGCCUGCGGCUCCAACGCCCACUGCGAGUACACGCUGCAGGAGUCCAAGUGCGUGUGCAAUCCUGGCACAACUGGGAACCCGUAUCACGGCUGCGGAGUGCAACAGAAAUCCGACUGUUCCACCGCGCUGUGCGGCAAGGACGCCCAUUGCAACGCUGGCCCGAACGCCGUCGAAUGCCUCUGCCCGCCGGGAUACGCUGGAAAUCCUUACAUUCGCUGCCACGAUAUCAACGAGUGCAACGGGAACGCUUGCGGGAGCAACGCGGUGUGCAUCAACACGAUCGGCAGCUACGACUGCCGUUGCAAGGAAAACUUCUUCGGCAAUCCUUUCGUCGGUUGCCAGCAGGUCCAAGUCGAGCCGUGCGCCGACCCCUCGACCUGCGCCUGUACCGACUCGAUGCCCUGCCCGCUCGACUACAGCUGCGUGGGCGGCAAGUGCGUAAAUCGUUGCAGCGACGUGAAAUGCGGGCCGAGAUCGGUCUGCGAGGACGGGGCCUGCGUCUGCCCGCCCGGUUACACGGGCAACCCGAACGACCUUGCCAAAGGUUGCCGCCUUCACGGCCACUGCUCCAACGACCUCGACUGCGAGCCCCAGCAGAUCUGCUUCCAGGUAGGGAAGGGGGUGAGAAAGUGCGUGGACGCGUGCAGCAAGCUGCAGUGCGGCCCGAACGCGUUGUGCGUCACCCAGAACCACGCGUCCUCGUGCCUGUGCGUGGACGGCUACGCGGGGAACCCGAGCAACCUGGUGGAGGGUUGCCAGCCGUCCAAGUCGGCGAUGACGCCUGGCUGCCACGACGACGCCGACUGCUCCACCGGCUCGUUCUGCGUCCCCCUCGAAGACGGCAGCGGCCGCGAGUGCGUUGACCCGUGCGGCAAACUCGUGUGCGGCGCCCAUCAGAAGUGCGAGCCGGACGCGAGCCCCGGCCACGCCACCUGCAAGUGUCAGGACGGCUACGAGUGGAAUCCCGUGUCCUCGUCCUGCGAGAAACCCGCGGUCCCCGACUGCAUAUCGGACGACGAUUGUCACGGAAUGGAGGCGUGCAGAUCCGAUCCUCUCGGCGUGUUGAAGUGCACCGCGGUGUGCAGGAGCUUCACGUGCGCCCCCAACUCUCGAUGCGUGGCGGAGAGGCAUCGCGGGCGUUGCGAGUGUCUGCCCGGUUUCGCGGGCAAUCCGAACGAUCGGCACGGGUGCCAGACGCGGAGGAGGGAUCGGUGCUCGACGGACGCCGAGUGCCCCGAGGACGAGACGUGCAGGGGCGGGAGGGAGGGGCUGCUCGCGUGUCAGCCGGUGUGCGAUUUCGUCUCGUGCGGGCCGAACGCUCUGUGCGUGGUCCACAACCACGUGGCCAACUGCGAAUGCCCCCCGGGGCUGUACGCGGGCGACCCCAACGACGCUGUCCGCGGUUGCGAGCCCGUGCCCUGCGUCUACAACGUCGACUGCCCGCCCGCCCAGCUCUGCAACAGGUUGACCCACACCUGCUACGACGCCUGCGACGAGGACGCUUGCGGGGCGAACGCCGUUUGCAUAGCGGACGACCACAGGGCGAUAUGCCAGUGCCCGCCCGGCUUGAAACCGAAUCCGGUCGCCGAGGUCGAGUGCGUGGCGAUCGAGGCAUGCCACCCGAACCCGUGCCACGAGACGGCCGUCUGCGUCCCAGGCCCGUCCAACAAUCCAGUGUGCCAGUGCCCGUCCAACUUCGUCGGGGAUCCUUACGGGAAAGGGUGCCAACCGGAGGGUUACUGCGCCACGGCCAAGGAUUGCCCGGCGCACUCCAUCUGCCACAACCAUCGUUGCGCCAACCCGUGCGAGAACGCUUGCGGCCCUAAUUCUAUCUGCGACGUGAUAAACGGCCAACCGAGUUGCGAGUGUAUCCAUAAAUUCGUCCCGUCCUCGAAGGGGCCGCAGGACGGCUGCGUUCGCGCCACCAAUUAUUGCAACGCGGAUGCCGAUUGCGAGGGGAGCGUGUGCCUCGAGGGACAGUGCAUAGCCGUGUGCAGAACGGGCGCCGACUGUUCAACGGGUGAAAAGUGCGCGAGCAACAAGUGCGUGGUUCCAUGCGUCACCCAUUCGCAGUGUCAGACGGACCAGACUUGCGUGAACGGAGCGUGCAUCCUGGGAUGUCGAAGCAACAAGAAUUGUCCGCCCACGGAGUCUUGCAUUAACAACAAGUGUCAAGAUCCGUGCAAAAGGAAGGACGUUUGCGGGCCAAACGCGAUCUGUAGCAUCACCGAUCACGCGACCUCCUGCACCUGUCCCCUCGGCUUCCACGGGAAUCCCACGCCCCAACAGGGCUGCGUCAGAGUGCCGAACAUAUGCGAGGGUCCCCAGGAUUGCCCCAGUCAGCACCUGUGCGUGUCCGGAUUCUGCCAGUGCCAGUGCAGCGAGCCGAGCAACUGUGCCGAGGGCGAACGUUGCAAGAACGGAAUAUGCAUGAAGCUGUGCUACAGCGACAGCAACUGUCUGCCUGGGGAGCUGUGCAUCGACGGGGUGUGCGAGGUGGGCUGCACUUCCGACGUCGGUUGCAACGACAACGAGGUGUGCAUCAACAACAAGUGCAAAUGCAGUCACGGGUUUAUAGCCGGGCCGGAACACUGUUUGGACAUCAACGAGUGCGACGACCAUCCCUGUCACUCGAGCGCCGACUGCGUGAAUCUACGUGGAUCUUACCGUUGCGUGUGUCCCCAAGGAACCGCCGGUGAUCCCGUGGGGACGGGUUGCGCGAUCCCUCACCAAUGCACGCUGGAUGCUGACUGCCCCGACUCGCAGGCGUGCAUCCAGCACAAUUGCACCGAUCCCUGCUCCCUGGUCGACUGCGGCCUGAACACCGUUUGCUCCGUUUUCGACCACGCCGCGGCGUGCCAAUGCCAGCCAGGUUACAUAGGCGACUCGUCGGGAUGCUUCAAAGUGGAGUGCCUCUCCAACAACGAUUGCCCUAGCGACAAGUAUUGCAAUCAGGACGCCAACAAAUGCGCAAGUCCUUGCAAUCAAAUGAAUUGCGGAUACGGCAACUGCAUAGCGUCCGACCACGCUGGGAUAUGCAAAUGUUAUCCGGGCUUCGAGCUGGCAGGCGACAUCUGCGAGGACGUCGACGAGUGUUUGGACAACCCUUGCCACUCUUCCGCGGUUUGUCAAAACACGGAAGGCUCUUACACCUGCGUUUGUCCCCACGGAUUGGUCGGGGAUCCGUUCAAGUCGGGUUGCAAGCAGCCAGGGGACUGCUUCACCGACUUCGACUGUCCCAAUUCUGCGGCUUGCAUCGACAACAGGUGCACGAAUCCUUGCGACGUGUCGUCCGUUUGCGGAAAGAACGCCGAUUGCUUGGUCCGCGACCACGUUCCAUUUUGCAGAUGUCCCGGCCAGACUACCGGCAAUCCAGCUUCGGAGUGCGUCCAUUUGGAAUGCAAUUACCACAGCGACUGCGGUCCUUCCGACGCGUGUUUCAAUCACAAAUGCGUCGACCCCUGCUCUCUCUCCAACGUUUGCGGCCAAGGAGCGGACUGCUCUCCCCUGAACCACAGCGCGGUGUGCACGUGUCAACCUGGUGGCACAGGUGACCCCAAUCUUGGCUGCACACCUGUCCAAUACUGCAAAUCGGACUCCCAAUGCGCCACGGGCUCGGCUUGCAACGGAGGGAUAUGCACCGCAUUGUGCGCCAGCACGAGAGAUUGCAUAGGCGACCAAUUGUGCAUCAACGGCCUCUGCCAACCGACUUGCAAGAGCAACUCCAGUUGCCCCGAGUACCAAUACUGUCACAACAACAUCUGCGUGCAGGAGCUGCGUUGCACGUCGAACGACGAUUGCCCGGACGACGAGAGAUGCGUGAAGAACAACAUUGGCCAGGCGGAGUGUCGCAAAGCGUGCGACCUGCUCCUCUGCGGGCGGAACGCUGGAUGCAAGGCGGACAAUCACGCCGCCGUUUGCUCCUGCAAACCCGGAUUCUUCGGGAACCCCAAGGACGAUAAGAUCGGCUGCCAGCCCAUCGAGUGCGAGGCGAACGAGGAUUGCACCGGGGAGAAGAUCUGCGACACCCACAAGUGUAGAAUAGCUUGUCUCGCCCGCAAUCCUUGCGGCGUGAACGCGAUUUGCACGGCAGAGAAGCACGUUCAGAUCUGCACGUGUCAGCCAGGUUACACGGGAGAGCCUACUCAUGGAUGCCAAUUGAUCGAUUAUUGCCUGAACGAGCCUUGCGCGCCUGGCGCCCUGUGCGAAAAUUCCAGAGGCUCCUACAAAUGUCACUGUCAACAGGGAAUGGUCGGGGAUCCGUACAACAGUGGCUGUCAACCGCCGGUCGAGUGUCUGCAGGACGAGGAUUGCCCGCUCACCGCCAAGUGUAUCAACGUGAACAAUGUCCCCAAAUGUUUCGAUGUUUGCUCGCGCACGCAGUGCGGGCCGAACGCGGAUUGCGCGGCCGCUAAUCACGCGGGCGCCUGUCAGUGUCGGCCCGAUUACGAGGGCGAUCCGAACAAUCUAAGCAUAGGGUGUCGGCCAAAACCGGUUAUUUGUUCGUCGGCCGCGGACUGCUCGCCCAAUACCUAUUGUUACGAGGGCAUCUGUCGACCGUCCUGCCAAUCGGACGAGGAAUGCAACUUGUCGGACGUGUGCUUGAACGGACAAUGCCUCGAUCCUUGCAACGUGAGAGCCGCGUGUGGAAUAAAUGCGGAAUGCGACGUGAGGAGUCACAUUAAGCAGUGCAGCUGCCCGCCUGGCUUCACAGGCAAUUCGGAAGUGGAAUGCGUCAGAUUGCCGGUGUCCUGCAGAGACACGAACGACUGCAACGACGGGAACACUUGCCGCGACAACGUGUGCCUUCCAAUCUGCUCCACCGACAACGAGUGCGCGUUCAACGAGAAAUGCGUUCGUGGAAACUGUUUGCUCACCUGCAGGUUGGACAACGACUGUUUCCUGGGCCACAUAUGCCUGCACAACAUGUGCACGUUCGGUUGCCGGGCGGACGAGGACUGCAACGCGAACGAGGCGUGCAUCACGAACAAGUGCAUCAAUCCUUGCGAGGCGACCCCUUGCGGGCCGAACGCCAAGUGCACGGUGUUCAAUCAACGGGCAACUUGUUCGUGUCCGUCCGGCUUCAUACCGAACCCAACCGCCAAAGUUGCCUGCCUCAGAUCGCCCGGCCCCGUCUGCCAAGCGAACAGGGACUGCGCCACGGGCACGGCUUGCAUUGGGAACGUUUGCACCCCCGUCUGCUCCACGGAUUUGAAUUGCCUGAGCAACGAGCGGUGCGACCCCUCGGGGAUUUGCAAGUCGUUGUGCAGAAGGGACGAGGACUGUCGAAGCGGAGAAAUCUGCGAGGGGUUGGUGUGCGUGAUCGGGUGCCGGGCUGACGUCGAGUGCCAAGAGAGUUUCGCUUGUUUGAACAACCAGUGUCGAGAUCCUUGCUCUGUUGCUGAUGUGUGCGGAGCGAACGCCAAGUGCACGGUGGUGAGUCAUCGGAAGGUGUGCUCGUGCCCUGCGCCGUUGAUAGGCGAUCCCCUGGUCGGCUGCAAACAGGCGUUCUUGCCGUGCAACACGGAGCAGGAAUGCGCUAUCGGUCAGACUUGUUACGGAAGGUCUUGUUACGCCACGUGUAGAAGUGACGCUAAUUGCUUGAGCGACGAGCGAUGCGACGGGGGAAUAUGCAAGGCCAUAUGCAACAGCGACGAUCACUGCGUGGCCAACCAGAUCUGUCAGAACAGACUAUGCGACAUCGGAUGCCGUAGCGAUAACACUUGCCCAAACGACGAGUCUUGCAUAAACAACAAAUGCAAAAAUCCUUGCGAGGGCGGGAGAGCUUGCGGCGAAUGCGCGGGUUGCCGGGUGGCGAAUCACGUGGCGCAGUGCAGUUGCCCGGCCAAUUAUUACGGGAAUGCGUUGAUCAGUUGCUCGAAAUCCAUGAUCCCCUGCGACAGCGGCUGCGAAUGCGACGAGAUCGGCUUCUGCACGAAGAGUUGCCACGGCCAGGAUCAAUGCUCGUGCGGUGAAGCGUGCCAUUCGGGAAAAUGUCGCGUCAAGUGUGACGUUAACAACUAUUGUCCAAAGGGAUACGUUUGCGAAGAGGGUCUGUGCCUGAUCGGUUGCCGAACGCACUCCGACUGUCCGUCCUCCCUGUCUUGCGUCAAUGGCCAAUGCGAGGACCCGUGCUCGGCGAACGGGUCGCCGUGCGGAAUCAACGCUCUGUGCCGCGUGUCGAACCACAGGGCGGUUUGCCUGUGCCCUGAAGGGUUCCAAGGGGAGCCAAGCCGAGAGUGCUACCAAUUGGAGUGCCAUCGGGACGACGACUGCGAGGCGAACAAACGGUGCAGCGAGGACGGGGUGUGCACGAAUCCCUGCCUCCAGCACGGCGUGUGCGGGUUCAACGCGCAAUGCAGGGUGGUCAACAGGAAGGCGCAGUGCUCUUGUCCGCCCGGCCACUAUGGAAACCCUCAGAUCAACUGCAAGAAAGGCGGGGACGAGUGUUUAAGAAGGCCUUGUGGCGUGAACGCCAAGUGCAGGGAAACGCUGAACGGAUUUGAGUGCACCUGCGACCCCGGAUGCCACGGCGACCCUCACCAAGCCUGCAUCUGCGACGGAGGGGAGCUGUGCAAGGAUAUGCGUUGCGGCGUGAACGCCGCGUGCAGGAUUUACAAGAAUCAACCGCAAUGCUACUGCCCGUCCAAUUACCCUUCCGGGGAUCCGAUGCACGCCUGUAGCGCGGAAAAGAGCUUCGAUUGUCGCACGAACGGAUGCGGUAAGGGAGCCGAGUGCAUACGGGACGGUGCGAUAUUCGUGUGCAGGUGUCCACCAGGUACCAGUGGAUCGCCGGAUAUCGAGUGCACGACAGAGCGCGAAUGCACCAGCGAUCUCGAGUGCCCGAACGAAAAGGCCUGCAUAAAUCUGCAAUGCGUGGACCCGUGCGGUCUCCGUGGCGCCUGCGGGAUCAACGCCCUGUGCCGCGUGGUUCUGCACAAACCGCGAUGCUCCUGCCCCCAGUGUUAUAUCGGUAUGCCUCACACGGCCUGCCACCCGGACCCGAAAUGCGAAACGUUGAAUCCGAGGCCGACGCCGAACAUCGGUUGCUCGUCGGACCGCGACUGCCCCGAGAGCUUGUCGUGCCACACUCGCACCGGCGAGUGCCGUGACCCGUGCCUCGGCUCCCGAUACACGUGCGAGGUGAACAAGAGGUGCCAGGUGCGGAACCACAGGCCCAUGUGCGUGUGCAAAUACGGUUUCGUGGUGAACGAGGUCGGCGAGCUGACGUGCGCCCCGGACACGUUGACGUGCACCAGGGACUUCGACUGCCCGUCGAACGCCGCGUGCGUGAACGGGAAAUGCCAGAACCCGUGUAACGUGAGAAAGAAAAAGCCGUGCCCGGCUGAAAAAACCUGCGACGUCCUGGACCACCGUCCCGUCUGCAUAUGCACACAAAACUGCAAUCCCUCCCUCUCCAUUUGCCUGCGAGACAGUGGCUGCUCUCCAGACUUGGCGUGCCGCAACUAUCGCUGCGUGGACCCAUGCAGAAACUCCACCUGUCCGGCUGAUGCCCCCUGUUACGUGGAGGAGCACAAGCCUAUCUGCAAGUUCUGUCCCCCCGGCUUUGUGCCAGAUAUUAAAUACGGAUGCAUGAAAGUCCACCACACGACCGAACAUUUCUGCGAGUCCGAUGACGAGUGCAGCGACACGAAAGCCUGUGUCCUAGGAUCCUGCACUGAUCCUUGCGUCGACCACUGUCCUGUGGCAGUUCGAUGCCUGGUUAAAGAGCACAGGCCUGUUUGUUGCGACGAACACGAUUACACAGACACCACAACAUCUGUUUUCGAACGUACGACACCAGGAAUCGUAGGGUAUACCUCGACCGUUCAAAGCGAAGAAAGUACAACAAUUUCGUAUUCGAGUACCGAGUCCACGACUCUAACAGUCGCUGAAACUUCUACCGUCGAAGAAAGUACUCCCACGUUCACGACCAGUGAAUCGAUUUUGCCCACGACAAUGGCACACGAUCGUGGAACCAUCACGACGACAAGUGUUGAGAGUAUGGAGACUACAACUAGUUUGUCUACCGUUAAAGAUAUUUUUGAGACCACUACCGAAGUUGUUCCGACUGUGGGUGGUAUCGAGACUACUUCUGUAUCUUAUACUUAUGGCACAGAAUACAUUUCGACGAGUGAAAUGACAGAAUUGAGUAGAUUACCGGAAACGACUAUAAGCGGUAAAAUGACUGAACCGAGUAAAGUUUAUAUAGUCACCCCUAUUUAUCCUUCGGAAAACGCCACUACACCAAAAUCGGGAGAAGUAUUUACAGUUACUCCGAUAUACGUGAAUGAAUAUACUACGGAAAUGCCGAGAGUUACUACGGAAUUCAUUAAUAUAUCUAGCUCUACUCAGAAUGUUACGUUCGAAGAAACCAGUAUGGUUACCGAGAAUUUAGAGACAACGGAAAGCGUGACAUUGAUUACUGUGACGGCACAGUAUCCUUUGAAAACAACGAUUGAACAGUUCACGGAGUUGCCUCAAAUUACGGAAGAACAUACCACAAAAUCAUUCUCGCCAAUGGGACAAUUCACUACAGAGAAAAUGGGAACAACUACGCAAUAUUCUACGGAACAAUCCUCAGAAACUGAACGAACUACUGAAAAAUCUGUAACAGAACUUUUCACGGAACAAUAUUCGACAACGCAAGAAUAUUCUACUGAACGACAAUCAACAACACAGUAUUCAACGGAGAAGAUUUCGACAACUAUGCAAUAUUCAACGCAACAACCCUCGACAAUUGUAUAUUCCACGGAAAAGGUGCCAACAACUGAACGAUAUUUUACAGAACAGCCGCAAACCACACAAUAUUUAACAGAAGUUCCUUCAACAACUGUACAAUAUACGACGCAACAAUAUUUAACAACUAAAUACACUACGGAAUUACCUUCAACAACAACUGAGCAAUAUAUUACAGAACAAUCACCAACAACGAUACAACAGUCAACAGAAAUGACUUCAACAACUACACAAAAAUCCUCAACAACUGAAUUUUCUACGCAUCUCCCUGUAAUAACUGAACAAUAUUCCACAGAACAACCACUAACAACACAAUACACAACACAACAUUCAACAGAAAUGCCCGAAAUAAUUACACAACACACUACGCAGCAAUUUUUAAUGUCUGAAUAUUCUACGGAACAACUUUUAACAACAGAAUAUUCUACUGAAUUUUCUUCUCCAACAAGUCAAUACUCUACAAAAAUGCCUCCAACUGAACAUUUUACCGAACUGCCUACAACAAUUGAAUAUUUUAGUGAACUGCCUUCGACAACUAAAUACUCUACAACAUUGUCUUCAACAACUGAAUAUUCUACAGAAUUGCCUUCAACAAUUAAAUAUUCUACUGAACUGCCUACAACAACUGAAUAUUUUACAGAAUUGCUCUCAACAAUUGAAUAUUCAACUAAACUGCCUACCACAACUCAGAAAUAUUCCACAGAACUGCCUCCAACAACUAAAUAUUUUACAGAGCUACCUUCAACAACUGAAUAUUCUACAAAAUUGCCUUCGACAAUUGAAUAUACUACCGAAAUAUCUUCAAUAACUCAAAAAUAUUCCACAGAAGAAUCUCGAACAACUGAACUUUCUACUCACAUUUUUUCGACAACUGAGCAAUAUUCUACUGAACAACCACCGACUACAAUACCAUAUUCAACAGAAAAAUCAACAACCAUACAGUAUUCAACAACGCAACUUCCAACGACUGAAUAUAUUACCGAAAAACCUACAACUGAACAAUAUUCCAUGAAAUAUCCACAGACUACGCUACAAUAUUCUACGGAACAACCACAAACAACAUUACAAUAUUCUACGGAAACUUCUACGGAACAAUCUUCUACAAUUAGCAAGUAUUUUACUGAACAACCACCAACCACAAUACCAUAUUCAACAGAAAAAUCAACAACCAUACAGUAUUCAACAACGCAACUUCCAACGACUGAAUAUAUUACCGAAAAACCUACAACUGAACAAUAUUCCAUGAAAUAUCCACAGACUACGCUACAAUAUUCCACGGAACAACCUCAAACAACAUUACAAUAUUCUACGGAAACUUCUACAAUUAGCAAAUAUUUUACUGAACAAUCAGAGACUACAAUACCAUAUUCAACAGAAAAAUCAACAACCAUACAGUAUUCAACAACGCAACUUCCAACGACUGAAUAUAUUACCGAAAAAUCUACAACUGAACAAUAUUCCAUGGAAUAUCCACAGACCACACUACAAUACUCCACGGAACAACCUCAAACAACAUUACAAUAUUCUACGGAAACUUCAACAAUUAGCAAACAUUUUACUGAACAAUCAUCAACUACAAUACCAUAUUCAACAGAAAAAUCAACUAUACAGUAUUCAACAGAACAAUUUUCAACGAUUGAAUACAUUACUGAACAAUCUACUACUGAACAACCAUCGACCACAAUAACAUAUUCAACAGAAAAAUCAACAACCAUACAAUAUUCAACAACGCAACUUCCAUCGACUGAAUACAUUACCGAACAACCUACAACUGAACAAUAUUCUAGGGAAUAUCCACAGACUACAUUACAAUAUUCCACGGAACAACCUCAGACAACAUUACAAUAUUCUACGGAAACUUCUACAGAACAAUUUUCUACAAUUAGUAAACAUUUUACUGAACAAUCACCGACCACAAUACCAUAUUCAACGGAAAAAUCAACAGCCAUACAAUAUUCAACAACACAACUUCCAUCUACUGAAUAUAUUACGGAACAACCUACAACUAUACAAUAUUCCAUGGAAUAUCCACAGACCACACUACAAUAUUCCACGGAACAACCUCAAACAACAUUACAAUAUUCUACGGAAACUUCAACAAUUAGCAAACAUUUUACUGAACAACCAUCGACCACAAUACCAUAUUCAACAGAAAAAUCAACUAUACAGUAUUCAACAGAACAAUUUUCAACGACUGAAUACAUUAUCGAACAACCUACUACUGAACAAUAUUCCACAGAAUAUCCUCAGACCACAUUAAAUUAUACUACGGAACAAUCUACGAUUAGCGAAUACUUCACCAAACAACCACCGAUCACGAUACCAUAUUCAACAGAAAAAUCAACAACCAUACAGUAUUCAACGGAACAACUUUCAACGACUGAAUAUACUAUCAAACUACCUACAACUCAAUAUUCGACGAGGUAUCCACAAACCACACUGCAAUAUUCCACGGAGCAACUUUCAACAACAGAACUAUAUAUUACAGAGUUAGGACCAUACACCACCGAAUCAUACACUACUCUAACAGUACCUAUAAUAACUCUAGGACUUUGCAAUCAAACUGUCGUCAAUGGUUCCGAAUGUAAAAUCUGUUUGAACGGCACGUGUCAACGGCUUGUGUGCUUCAAUCUAAGGAGUCAGAGUACACCUUAUUGUUGCAUACUCCCAGAUACCAAAUGCAAAACGCAUGACGACUGUCUCUCUCAAUUGGCCUGCAUAAACGAUCAAUGUCUGAAUCCGUGCACUGUUCACAAUCCAUGUGACUUCGUGGAAGUCUGCCAUGUCCAAGAUCACAGACCUGUUUGCGUGAAAGAGAUGACAAACGAAACAAACUGUCCUUAUUGUCCACCAGGAAUGGAGUGCGAUUCAGCGACGUAUACUUGCGUGAAAGCGGGUUGCACUAUCCACAAAGAUUGCCCGCUGACAGAGGCAUGCAUUGAGGGCACUUGUCAGGAACCGUGCCUCGUUUGGAAUCCUUGCGCCCAAAACGCGAUCUGCGUUAACACCAAUCACCGUGCGGAUUGCAGCUGCGAGGAUGGUUAUCACGGGAAUGGAUUCAAUUACUGUGAACCAGAGGAAGAAGGUAGAAACGUGUGUCAGUACAACGAGGAUUGUCCAUCGUAUAAAUUUUGCGACCGUCUCAACAGGAAGUGCAUCGACCCUUGCCUGAAGACAGAUUGCGGUCUGAACGCGAGUUGUUAUCCGGAGAACCAUCAAGCACAAUGCAAGUGCUUGGUCGGAUUCCAAGGAAAACCUCACGUUGGUUGCACGCCAGUGACCACGGAUCCAUGUGUUCCAAACCCUUGCGGUUUGGACGCGAUGUGCGAGAACGAUAAUGGCAAUCCGAUAUGCUUCUGUCCUAAGGGAUUGACUGGAAAUCCUUUCGAGCAGUGCAUACCAGAGGGUGAUCAAUGCCAAGAAAAUCUGUGUGGCGUUAAUUCCGGUUGCCGCGUGAUAUCAGGACAAGUGAGAUGCUUCUGUUUACCAGGAUACGAAGGAAAUCCUCCCGAUUCUCCCUGCACGCUCCCCAACAAUCCUUGCGAACCGUCUCCUUGUGGACCUAACACUCGAUGCACGAUACUGAACAACGGUUUAGCGAAGUGUACUUGCCUACCAGGAUACAUAGAGAGUCCAAAUACAAUCAGAGGAUGCAUACCUAAAUCUGAUCAAUGUAAUCCUAAUACUUGUGGUCUGGGUGCUGCGUGCGACUCGAGUAGAGUGCCUCCUUGCUAUUGUCCGGAGCACACUGUUGGAAAUCCUUACCAGAGCUGUGCAGUACCUCCAAAAGACGUAUUCGAGCCUUGUUUAUUGGUGCCAUGUGGAAAGAACGCUAUUUGUGUCGAGGAACACGGUGUCCCCAAAUGCAAGUGUGUUCCACCAUUUAUUGGGAAUCCAUACAUAGACGGUUGUGAAGCGGAGUGCGUUGUGAAUCAAGAUUGCGACAAUCAUCUCGCCUGCUUCAAUCAACAUUGCAGGGAUCCUUGUCCAGGUGUUUGUGGUUCCAAUGCAAAAUGUGAAGUAAUCGAUCACGUGCCGGUUUGCUCUUGUUUGCCUGGCUAUACUGGGGAUCCGUUCGAUUCUUGCAAAGCCGAGAAAUCUGUACUCCCAGCUCAGAAUCCUUGCAUGCCAUCACCUUGCGGACCACACAGCAUUUGUCGCAUGAUGAACGAUCGUGCAGUCUGUUCGUGUAGUCCAGGAUACCACGGAUCACCGCCAUCUUGUCGUCCAGAAUGUUUAGUCAGCUCAGAAUGUCCUGCACACUUGGCGUGCAUCGGCCAGAAAUGUGGGGAUCCCUGCCCUGGUCUUUGCGGGCAGAACGCUUUGUGCCAAGUCGUCAAUCAUAAUCCUAUUUGCAGCUGUCCUCCAGAAUAUCUCGGUGAUCCUUUCUCAUAUUGUGUUAAAGAAGAUAUACCACUGCCAAGUCCAAAGAAUCCUUGUCUGCCAUCACCCUGUGGCCCGAACGCCGAGUGUCGCGUGCAGGAAGACCAUCCUGUUUGCACGUGUAUUAGCGGAAUGUUUGGCGCACCACCGAAUUGCAGACCCGAGUGUCUGAUACAUCAAGACUGUCCAAAUUACCUCGCUUGUGUUCAGAAGAAGUGCGUGGAUCCUUGCGUUGGUUCUUGUGGUUUCAAUACGAAUUGCACCGUGCAUAAUCAUCGUCCCAUGUGCCAAUGUUACGAGGGUUACGAAGGGGAUCCAUUCUCUGGAUGUAGUAAAGUUACAUUCCCAGUACCACUGCCAUGCGAUCCAUCUCCGUGCGGUGCAAACGCAGUUUGCAAAGAACGAAACGGAGCUGGCUCGUGUACCUGUUUACCCGAUUACACUGGAGAUCCUUAUGAAGGAUGUAGACCAGAAUGUGUUCAAAAUUCAGAUUGUGUUCAUACGAAGGCUUGUAUAAAUAACAAAUGCAAGGAUCCAUGCGUGGGUGCUUGUGGUAUAAAUGCUCAAUGUCAAGUGAUCAAUCAUCAACCUUCAUGCAGCUGUCUCUCUGGUUACACUGGAGAUCCUUUGAAAUCUUGCCACAUACCACCUGUAACACCACUGCCUGGUGACCCAUGCCAACCAUCUCCAUGUGGUCCGUAUAGCAAUUGUCGCGUGAUCGAUAAUCAUGCAGUUUGUUCCUGUCAACCAAAUUACGUUGGUAAUCCACCACAGUGUAGGCCAGAAUGCGUCGUUAGUACAGAUUGCACUCAGAACACGGCUUGCAUCGAUCAAAAAUGCAGAGAUCCAUGUCCAGGGACUUGUGGCCAAAAUGCUGACUGUCAGGUCAUCAAUCACAAUCCGGUGUGCAGUUGCACGUCUGGAUACACAGGAGAUCCAUUCUUUGGAUGUGUUAAAGAACCGGAAGGAAAACAACCUGGAUCGGAACCGAGUGGCAAUCCAUGCAUUCCAUCACCGUGUGGACCGAAUUCUCAGUGUCGCGUGAUCGAUGGUUUCCCAGCAUGUUCUUGUCUACCGAAUUAUGUGGGCAGAGCACCGAAUUGUCGACCGGAAUGCGUCAUCAACGAAGCAUGUCCUGGAAACCUUGCCUGUCAGAACGAACAGUGCGUGGAUCCUUGCCCAGGCUCUUGUGGAGUAAAUACUUAUUGUAAUGUCGUGAAACAUAAUCCUGUUUGUAUUUGCAACACUGGAUACACUGGCAAUCCAUUCACCGAAUGCGUACCUAUAAUGGAAGAACCUACCACAACCGAACAACCUCGUACACCAUGCAAUCCAUCCCCAUGUGGAGCGAACGCGAUCUGCAACGAGCGAAACGGUGUCGGAUCUUGUACUUGUCUUCCGGAAUACAUCGGCGAUCCAUACACAGGAUGCAGGCCAGAAUGUGUCACGAAUACAGACUGCGAUCGCAGCAAGGCUUGUUUGAACAACAAAUGCGUGAAUCCUUGUCCUGGCACUUGUGGACAAGGAGCAACGUGUCGAGUGAUCAAUCAUGCUCCUUCCUGUACCUGUUUACCCGGUUUCACUGGAGAUCCUUUCAACGCUUGCACUGGAAUAGAAGUGACACCAGAACCAUUACCGCUCAAUCCUUGUGAACCGUCACCUUGUGGACCUAAUAGCAACUGUCGCGUGCACAAUGGACAUGCAGUGUGUCUUUGUCAACCAGGAUUCGUCGGUGUUCCUCCUACAUGUCGGCCAGAAUGUAUAGUGAGCUCUGAGUGUUCUCAGAACAAGGCUUGCAUCGAGAACAAGUGUGCGGAUCCUUGUCCAGGUUCUUGUGGAUUGAAUACUAAAUGUCUGACGGUGAACCACAAUCCCAUUUGCACUUGUACAAAUGGAUACACUGGUGAUCCACUUGUUCAGUGUACUAGGUCCAACGCGACACAGCCACCGUUCAAGGAUCUUGGAAAUCCAUGCUCACCUAAUCCUUGCGGACCUAAUUCUCAAUGCAGAGUGAUCGGUUCUCAACCUGCAUGCUCCUGCUUGUUGAACUUUAUCGGUCGUCCUCCAAAUUGUAGACCAGAAUGCGUUGAUAACUCGGAUUGCUUCCAUUCGGCUGCUUGUAUAAAUCAGAGGUGUAAAAAUCCUUGUAUUGAAGCUUGUGGAGAAAUGGCCAGAUGCUCGGUUCAGAAUCAUGUUCCCAUUUGCACUUGUCCUGAGGGAUACGAGGGAGAUGCUAGUGUUCGUUGUAUUUUGGCACCUCCACCAACAAUGGAUAUAAGCAUAGCAAAUCCAUGUUCCCCGAAUCCAUGCGGUCCAAAUGCUCAGUGUCGUGAAAGAAAUGGUGCAGGAGCCUGUGCAUGUCCACCAGAUCUUAUUGGAGAUCCCUAUGAUAAUGAAAAGGGAUGCCACAGAGAGUGCGAAUCGAGCAACGAUUGUGCACCGCAAUUGGCUUGCGUUGGUUUCAAGUGUACCGAUCCUUGUCCAAACACUUGUGGCACGUUAUCCAUCUGUAACGUCCAGCAACACGUUCCAGUAUGCACUUGUCCUCCAGAAUACACGGGAGAUCCAUACUUUGCAUGCGAAAUAAGAGAAACGACAAGAAUUCCAUUAGAUCCAUGCUCACCAUCACCCUGUGGACCAAACAGUAAAUGUCGCGAGGUGAAUAGUCAGGCUGUUUGCACGUGUCUUCCGGAAUACAGAGGAAUUCCACCAAAUUGUAGACCAGAAUGUGUGGUGAACGCUGAAUGUCCACCUCAUCUGGCCUGUUUGAACAAGAAAUGCACUGAUCCAUGCCCGAAUACUUGUGGAGUGAGAGCACUUUGCACUACCAAGAAUCAUAAUCCUAUUUGUACCUGUCCUGUUGGAUUUACUGGAGAUCCAUUCUUCCAGUGCUCGCCUAUUCCAGAUAUUCCAUCGACUGAACGGCCACCAUCUUGCAGUCCAUCGCCAUGUGGCCCGAAUUCUCUCUGUCAAAUUAUAUCCGGAAAUCCAGCAUGUUCUUGCUUACCAGAUUACAUCGGUGUUCCUCCAGAAUGUAGACCAGAAUGCAUUUUGAGCUCUGAAUGCAAGAGUCAUUUUGCUUGUGUGAAUCAGAAAUGUAAAGAUCCUUGUCCAGGUUCAUGCGGUGUCAAUGCACAAUGUCACGUGGUUAAUCAUAUCCCUGUUUGCACGUGUAUGGAAGGUUUCACUGGUGAUCCAUUCGCACAAUGCAGAGUGAUUCCUCCAACAACUAUGCCAACUGUCAGCGACCCAUGUAAUCCCUCACCAUGUGGACCAAACGCAAUAUGCAAAAAUGGCGACUGCGAGUGUCUACCAGAAUACAUUGGCAAUCCAUAUGAAGCUUGUCGACCAGAAUGCAUCUUAAAUUCAGAAUGUCCACGCGAUAAAACUUGUCUGAGAAACAAGUGCAAAGAUCCUUGUCCUGGAACUUGUGGACAGAACGCAAUUUGCGAUGUCGUGAAUCAUAUUCCUGUAUGUUCUUGCCUUGCUGGAUACAUUGGAGAUCCAUUCGUUAGCUGUCGUGAACAACCACAUGUUCCAGAAUCUUCAAAGGAUCCAUGCUUACCCGUUUCACCGUGCGGGCCAAACAGCCAAUGUCGCAACAUUGAGAAUCAUGCAGUAUGUUCUUGCCUCCAAGGAUAUCUUGGAUCUCCACCAUCCUGCAGACCGGAGUGCGUGGUCAGUUCAGAAUGUCCACCCACUCGUGCUUGCGUGAAUAACAAAUGUACGGAUCCUUGCUUGGGUUCUUGCGGUUUGAACGCCAGGUGCGAAGUGAUCAAUCACUCGCCGAUCUGUAGUUGUCUUUCUGGUCAAACUGGGGAUCCGUUCAAGAGCUGCUAUGAUAUUCCACUACCACCAGAUUCCAAAGACACAGGAGAUCCUUGCAAUCCUUCACCCUGUGGGCCAAAUGCUCAGUGUCAAAAUGUGAAUGGCUAUCCAUCCUGUUCUUGUCUCCCUACUUACAUUGGAACUCCGCCAUCUUGUCGUCCAGAGUGUUUGAUAAAUCCUGACUGUCCUUCAGACAAGGCCUGCAUAAAUUCAAAGUGCACAGAUCCUUGUCCAGGAUCCUGUGGAGAAAAUGCUAGAUGUCUGGUUGUCAAUCAUGCUGUCACUUGCUCGUGCCAAGUUGAUUAUACAGGAAAUCCUUUCGUCCAGUGCAUCGAGUUGGAAAAAGAACCCAUCAAUCCAUGCGAACCUUCACCUUGCGGUCCAAACGCAAUUUGCCAACAACGUGACAACGUAGGUGCAUGCAUCUGCAUCGACGAUUACCAUGGAAAUCCCUACGAAGGCUGCCAACCAGAGUGUAUUCUCAGUUCAGACUGUCCAACCAACAAGGCCUGUGUUCGCAACAAGUGCGAAGAUCCUUGUCCAGGUGUAUGCGGGAUCCAAGCUCAAUGUUCUGUCAUUAAUCACAUUCCAACUUGCACUUGCCAACCUGGCUACGUGGGAGAUCCCUUCAACAUUUGCAGUUUGCCGAUCAGUCGAGAAACAGAGCCUACUGUCAUCGAUCCUUGCAACCCAUCCCCUUGUGGACCUAACAGCUUGUGCAGAGCAGUGAAGGAUCAGGCUGUGUGCACUUGCCAAGAAUCUUUCGUCGGUUUGCCACCUAAUUGCAAGCCUGAGUGUGUCGUGAACUCGGAGUGUCCUCAGAAUAGAGCUUGUUACAAGUACAAGUGUACCGAUCCUUGUCCUGGAACCUGUGGAGUGGGUGCUAAUUGCAGAGUGAUCAAUCACAAUCCACUAUGCAGUUGUCCACAAGGAACUACAGGAGAUCCUUUCUCUAGAUGUUAUCUCCAGCCAGUUGCACUACCACCACCAGUGGAUCCUUGCACUCCAAGUCCAUGUGGCCUUUAUGCAGAGUGCAGAGUAAUUGGUGAUCAAGCUGCUUGCUCUUGCUUGAAGAACUACAUAGGUCUUCCACCAAAUUGUCGUCCAGAGUGUGUCGUUAACACAGACUGCGCUUCAAAUCAAGCUUGCAUCUCAGAAAAGUGUAGAGACCCUUGUAUCGGAUCCUGUGGAGAAAAUGCAAAUUGUAGGGUGCAGAAUCAUAUUCCUGUGUGUCUGUGUCAACCAGGAUUCACUGGUGAUCCUUUCUCAUUGUGCUCUCCAAUAAUAGAACAACCGAAGCCACCCGAAGAUCUAUGCAAUCCAUCGCCCUGUGGACCAAACGCAGAGUGCAACCAGGGAAUUUGCACGUGUCUUUCAAAUUAUUUCGGCGAUCCAUACUCGUACUGUCGUCCAGAAUGCACUAUGAACUCGGAUUGUUCUCGAGUGAAGGCGUGUGUCAACCAUUAUUGCGUGGACCCAUGCGAGGGCACGUGUGGAACCAGUGCAAAAUGUGACGUAGUUAAUCAUAUUCCCAUGUGCAGCUGUCUUCCUGGUACCAGUGGAGAUCCAUUCACACUUUGUCGACCACAUAUAAUCGAAGAGCCGAGGAUACAACCGUGCACACCGUCUCCUUGCGGUCCAAACAGCAUCUGCAGAGUAGUGAACGAUCAUGCAGUUUGUUCUUGCCAGAGUGGUUUCAUCGGUACUUCUCCUGCAUGUAGACCAGAAUGCGUCGUGAGUGCCGAAUGUCCAUUGACACAAGCUUGUCUUGGUAAUAAAUGUCAAGAUCCUUGUCCAGGCACUUGUGGUCAAAAUACUAAAUGUCAAGUGGUCAAUCACAAUCCGAUAUGCAGCUGUUCAGAAGGACACACUGGCGAUCCAUUUUCCAGAUGCUACCUGAUGCCCAAGCAACCACCAGCGCCAACCAAUCCAUGUCAGCCAUCGCCAUGUGGACCGAACGCGGAGUGUCAAGUGCGGGGUGAUAGUCCAGCUUGUUCGUGUAUAGCGAAUUACAUCGGUGUUCCACCUAAUUGUAGGCCCGAGUGUACGAUUAAUCCGGAGUGUCCGCCGCAUUUAGCGUGUAUGCAAAAGAAGUGUCGCGAUCCGUGUAUCGGUUUGUGCGGUUCGAACGCUCAGUGUUCGGUAGUGAAUCAUCACGCGGUGUGCGCUUGCGCGGAAGGUUACACCGGAAAUCCGUUCAGCACUUGUGAGCCGGUCGUCAAGGAUAUAUCCCUAGACAUUAGGAAACCAUGCGAGCCUUCCCCAUGUGGCACCAACGCGAUCUGUCGCGAGAGCAAUGGCGUCGGUUCCUGUUCCUGUCUUCAAGACUACAUUGGUGACCCGUACGAAGGAUGCAGACCCGAAUGUACGCAAAAUUCCGAUUGCUCCAAGACGAUGGCCUGCAUGGGCCUCAAGUGCAGAGAUCCCUGCCCAGGAACCUGCGGAUUGCAAGCCCGUUGCGAAACGAUCAAUCACGUUCCAGCGUGUUCUUGCAACCCCGGAUACACGGGCAAUCCGUUCAACUAUUGUACCCCGGUUUCUGUGUCCCCUACCAUAAAAGAGUCAGACCCUUGUAACCCAUCCCCAUGCGGAUCAAAUAGUCAAUGUCGAACCGUGAACGAGCACGCUGUGUGCACCUGCUUGGCAAAUUUCAUUGGAACCCCGCCGAACUGUCGACCUGAGUGCGUGGUGAAUAGCGAAUGCUCAAGAGAACUUGCAUGCAUCGAUAAAAGAUGCAGGUCUCCUUGUGUGAACUCGUGCGGUAUCAACACACAAUGCAAGGUGAUCAAUCACAGCCCUAUAUGCAUCUGCAAUAUUGGAUAUACCGGUGACCCGUUCGUCAAAUGUUUCCCCGCUCCACAAUCGCCCAAGAAUGACUUUGACUUGGCUCCCAAAGAUCCGUGCAUGCCAUCCCCAUGUGGCAUGUACGCGGAAUGCAGAAAUAUCGGUGGCACACCUUCUUGUUCCUGUUUACCAAGAUACAUUGGAUCUCCACCGACCUGUCGACCAGAAUGUCGUGUCAACUCCGAUUGUCCCAUGAAUCUUGCCUGCAUGAACGAGAAAUGCAGAGAUCCUUGUCAAGGAACUUGUAGCAUUACGUCCCUAUGCACGGUUUACAAUCACGUGCCAGUAUGCACUUGUCCCGAACGAUACACUGGUGAUCCUUUCAGCAAUUGUUAUCCUGCUCCUAGACCAACUGAACCAACUGUCGUUGAUCCUUGUGCAUCAUUACCUUGUGGUUCAAACACGCAAUGCAACGAUGGUAUUUGUACAUGUUUGGCAGAAUAUCAGGGUGAUCCUUAUGUAGGUUGUCGACCAGAGUGUGUAUUGAACACAGAUUGCCCCCAGAAUCGAGCUUGCGUGAGAAACAAGUGUGUCAAUCCUUGCUCUGGUAUCUGUGGUCGAAAUGCAGAAUGUUUGGUGUAUAAUCAUAUACCUAUGUGCACUUGUCCUAGUGGUAUGAUUGGAAAUGCAUUCGUUCAAUGCAUUGUUUUUCAAGAUACCAUAUCAAGGAAUCCUUGUUCACCUUCACCCUGUGGACCAAAUAGUGUCUGCCGAGUGAUCAAUCAACAACCAGUUUGUUCCUGCGUAGCAGGAUACCUCGGUGCACCACCUGCCUGUCGACCAGAGUGCACAGUCAGCUCUGAUUGUCCUUUAUCAGAAGCUUGUAGUAAUCAGAAAUGUGUAAAUCCUUGUCCUGGUUCUUGCGGAUUCAGUACAAUCUGCAACGUCGUCAAUCAUAAUCCCAUAUGCAGUUGUUUGCCCGGAUUUACAGGGGAUCCUUUCGUUCGAUGUAUUCUACAACCACCAGAGCCUACAAUACCACAAAAUCCAUGCGAACCCUCUCCAUGCGGGCCCAAUUCUCAAUGUAGAGUUGUCAACAAUUCACCCUCUUGUUCCUGUUCACCAGAAUUUAUAGGCGUCCCUCCUAAUUGUAAACCAGAAUGUGUUAGCAAUAGCGAAUGUCCCAGUGAUUUGGCCUGCAUGAAUCAGAAAUGCAAAGAUCCCUGUCUUGGAUCUUGUGGAGUUAAUGCUGAGUGUCGUGUUGUCAGUCAUACACCUAUGUGUGUUUGCCCCAGUGACUAUACUGGCGAUCCUUUUACACAAUGUAUGCUUAGACCAUCUGUCCCUGAAAAUCUUUCUCCAUGUACCCCAUCUCCAUGCGGGUUCAAUGCGAUAUGCAAAGAACAAAAUGGUGUAGGCUCAUGCUCCUGUUUAUCCGAUUAUAUUGGUAAUCCCUAUGAAGGUUGUCGACCUGAAUGUGUCGUUGAUACGGAUUGUCCAUCCAUAUUGAGUUGUAUUUGCUCCAAAUGUCAAGAUCCUUGUGCAGGCACUUGUGGCACAAAUACAGAAUGUAAAGUUAUCAAUCAUCGUCCUGCAUGUACGUGCAUUCAAGGUUACAGUGGAAAUCCUUUCCAUUAUUGUAUCUUGACUCGUGAAAUAGAAGAUGAAACAAAAUUCAAAGAUCCAUGCAAUCCAUCACCCUGUGGACCAAAUAGUCAAUGUCGCGUGGUAAAUGGCCAAGGUGUCUGCUCUUGUUUGCCACAAUACACAGGCACACCUCCCAUGUGUCGUCCAGAAUGUGUUCUGAACUCAGAAUGUCCUCAAGAUCGUGCAUGUGUCAAUCAGAAAUGCGUGAAUCCUUGUCCUGCUUCUUGUGGCACGUUCGCCACCUGUGUGAUUAGGAAUCACAGUCCAAUCUGUGCCUGCAGAGAAUCAUACACAGGAGAUCCAUUCACCAUGUGUUUCCCUAUUCCACAAGCCUUACCACCCGUAUCAGUUGAAGUUACACAACCAUGUCUGCCUUCUCCUUGCGGUCCAAAUUCCGAAUGUCGUGUAAUUAAUAAUGGUCCAUCCUGUCAAUGUCUAUCUACUUACAUUGGAAGUCCUCCAAACUGCAGACCAGAGUGUAUCAUCAACUCUGAUUGUCCUAGUAAUAGAGCUUGCAUCAGACAGAAGUGCACAGAUCCUUGUCUAGGAUCCUGUGGAAUUGGCACUCAGUGUAGCGUGAUUAAUCACGUACCUAUGUGUAUCUGUCUUCAAGAAUACACUGGAGAUCCCUUCACAAAUUGCUAUCCAAUGCCACCACAAUUGCCAUCCCCUGAAUCAGACCCCUGCAAUCCAUCACCCUGUGGACCAAAUGCUCAAUGCAAUGCAGGAAUAUGCACAUGUUUACCGAAUUAUCAAGGUGAUCCGUACACUAGCUGUCGUCCUGAAUGUGUUCUCAACAAUGACUGUCCUUUGAAUAGAGCUUGUGUUCGAAACAAGUGUGUGGAUCCGUGUCCAGGCACUUGUGGUAGGAACGCAAUUUGCAAUGUUCUGAAUCAUAUACCCAUGUGUUCUUGUCCAGUAGGAAUGGCUGGCAAUGCUUUCAUUUCCUGUGAAAGAAUCGAAGAACAAGUACAGGUAAAUCUCUGUAAUCCAUCUCCUUGUGGACCUAACAGUCAGUGCAGAGCUAUAAAUGCUCAGGCAGUGUGCUCUUGUGUGCCAGGAUUUCUUGGCAAUCCACCCAAUUGCAGACCAGAAUGUGUGGUUAGUUCAGAUUGUCCUAGGAAUCAAGCUUGCAAUAAUCAGAAGUGCAUCGAUCCUUGCUCUGGUACUUGUGGCUGGAAGGCAUUGUGCCAGGUUGUCAAUCACAAUCCUGUGUGCAGUUGUCCUUCCGGUUUCACUGGAGAUCCUUUCUUUAGAUGUGAAUUUAUCACUGUGAGACCACCACAGGAAGACACGUGCGCUUCUUGUCAAUGUGGUCCCAAUUCCAUAUAUCAAACGAUCAACGACAAACCGUCUUGUGCCUGUUUGCCCGAUUUUAUCGGUUCCCCGCCAAAUUGUAGACCAGAGUGCGUGAGCAAUAGCGAAUGCUCGAGUAAUUUGGCUUGCAUCAAUCGGAAGUGUAGAGAUCCUUGCCCAGGCUCGUGUGGUUCCAACACAGAGUGUCGAGUAGUCAGUCAUACACCGAUGUGCACCUGUUUAACUGGUUUCACAGGCGAUCCCUUUGCGCAGUGCAUACCGAAACGACCCGAGACCGAGCUCACGCCACAAUCCCCAUGCAUCCCAUCGCCCUGUGGCCCGAACGCCAUAUGCAAAGAACAAAAUGGAGCCGGCUCGUGCACCUGUGCUCCAGAUUAUAUAGGAAACCCAUAUGAAGGAUGUCGACCCGAAUGUACAGUGAAUUCUGACUGUCCUUCGAACUUGGCCUGUAUUAGGUCCAAGUGUCAGAACCCUUGUCCCGGUACCUGUGGGUCAAAUGCUGAUUGCACGGUGAUCAAUCACCUGCCCAGUUGCACUUGUUUGCCUGGAUUCACGGGAGAUCCUUUUGUGAAUUGUUACAUUCAACAGGCAGUUCUCCCUGAUCUACAAGAAAAUCCUUGUAACCCCUCGCCCUGUGGACCCAAUAGUUUAUGCCGUGUGAACAAUGGCCAAGCUGUGUGCUCUUGUCUAUCUGACUACGUAGGCACUCCCCCUGGAUGUCGACCGGAAUGCGUAGUUAGCUCAGAAUGUCCUUUGAACAAAGCUUGCGUCAAUCAGAAAUGUACCGACCCUUGUCCUAAUCGCUGUGGUACUAACGCGGAUUGCAGAAUCGUGAACCACAGCCCCAUCUGCGCUUGCAAACUGGAUUUUACCGGAGAUCCCUUCACAAGAUGUUUCCCCACGCCAAAACCAUCACCAGCCUUAAUUGAAAACCCUUGUGUACCAUCCCCUUGUGGCCCAAAUUCGGAGUGCCGUGAUAUCGGAGGUUCUCCUUCUUGUUCCUGUUUACCAAAUUACAUGGGCAGUCCACCGAAUUGUAGACCAGAGUGCACCAUAAACCCCGAUUGUCCCAGCAAUAGAGCAUGCAUAAAUGAAAAAUGCAGUGACCCGUGUCCUGGCUCUUGCGGAUUCGGCGCAAUUUGCAAUGUAAUCCAUCAUACCCCUGCGUGCUCUUGUCCCGAAGAUUUCACUGGUGACCCAUUUAACAGCUGUCAACCAUUACCACCUGAACCAAUGAAGGAUGUCCCGUCAGAUCUUUGCAAUCCCUCACCUUGUGGUCCGAACGCAGAGUGCAAUAAUGGUGUCUGCACUUGCCUUCCCGAGUACCGUGGAAACCCGUACGAACUCUGCCGCCCUGAAUGCGUGCUAAAUAACGAUUGUCCCCAGAAUAGAGCUUGCGUUCGCAACAAAUGCAUCGAUCCUUGUGUAGGCACUUGUGGACAAAACGCGAUUUGCAAUGUAUACAACCACGUUCCUAUGUGCAGUUGUCCUAAUGGAAUGUCUGGAAAUGCUUUCAUUCUGUGUACUGUUUCGAAAGGUGCAUAUCCCAGUAAUUCUAUUUUAAUUAAUUUCAUCUUAAUCCUAUUUUCGAUUUGUAUAAUUCGAUGCUUCUUCUUAGAACCACUUGGAGCAGUAGAUCUUUGUAGACCAUCUCCUUGCGGACCCAAUAGUCAAUGCCGUAUUAUGAACCAACAAGCGGUCUGUUCUUGCGUUCAGGGAUACCUAGGAGCUCCACCAUCUUGCAGACCAGAAUGCGUGGUCAGUUCAGAUUGUCCACGAAAUCUGGCUUGUAACAAUCAGAAAUGUAUAGAUCCUUGUACUGGUACUUGCGGUUUGAGAACCCAAUGUCAGGUGGUGAAUCAUAAUCCCAUUUGUAGCUGUCUUCCGAGAUAUUCUGGAGAUCCUUUUACCAGAUGUGAUCCUAUAAUUGAAACACCUCCUGAACCUGUCAACCCUUGCCAACCAUCUCCCUGUGGACCAAACGCUCAAUGUCGUGUGGUGAACGAUUCACCUUCUUGCACGUGUUUGCCAGAAUUUAUUGGAUCACCACCGAAUUGUAGGCCUGAAUGUGUUAGUAACAGCGAGUGUGCUUCCCACCUUGCUUGCAUGAAACAAAAAUGUCGAGAUCCAUGUCCUGGUGCUUGUGGAUCGAACACAGAGUGUCGUGUUGUUAGUCACACUCCUAUGUGUGUCUGCUUGAAUGGAUAUACAGGAGAUCCUUUCACUCAGUGUGUGAUUCAAGAACCUAUUCUUAUCGAAAACGAGUCACCUUGUACACCGUCACCCUGUGGAGCAAACGCGAUAUGUAAAGAGCAAUCCGGAGCAGGUUCUUGCACAUGUUUAUCGGACUAUAUCGGAAAUCCUUACGAAGGAUGUCGUCCAGAGUGUACUGUCAAUUCUGACUGUGUCUCUAAUAUGGCUUGCGUACGUUCUAAAUGUCAAGAUCCUUGUCCAGGAACUUGUGGUCAAAAUGCAAUUUGUCAAGUGAUCAAUCAUUCACCAGCAUGUACUUGUAUAUCUGGAUUCACUGGUGAUCCUUUCAGAUAUUGCAAUCCCAUUGUUCAAACGGAAUUAAUCCUAAGAGAGCCCUGCAAUCCAUCUCCCUGUGGACCAAAUAGUCAAUGUCGCGCCGUGAACAAUCAGCCUGUCUGUACUUGUCUACCAGAAUAUAUUGGAAGUCCUCCAGGAUGUCGGCCAGAAUGUGUAACGAGUUCUGAAUGUCCAUUGAACAGAGCUUGCGUGAACAACAAGUGUGUAAACCCUUGCCCUCAGCCUUGCGGAUCGAAUACUAAUUGUAUAGUCCUCAAUCACAGUCCCAUAUGCAGUUGCAAGCAAGGAUUCACUGGAGAUCCUUUCAGUAGAUGUUUCCCUAUACCACAACUUGCACCUGGUCCGGUCGUUCAGAAUCCCUGCGUACCUUCACCUUGUGGACCAUACGCAGAAUGUCGCGAUAUCGGUGGUGUGCCAUCUUGUUCUUGUCUUAAAUCCUAUAUCGGUAGUCCACCAAAUUGUAGACCCGAAUGUACUAUCAAUUCCGAUUGUGCUAGUAAUCAGGCUUGCAUAAACGAGAGAUGUAGAGAUCCUUGUCCAGGUUCCUGUGGAUUAUCAGCUAUCUGUAACGUGAUUAAUCAUACACCAGCUUGCACAUGUCCGGAAGGAUUCACAGGAGAUCCUUUCAAUAAUUGUUACCUCAAACCAAUAGAAGAAUCAUCAAAACCUGUAGAUCCUUGCAACCCCUCCCCUUGCGGUCCAAACGCGGUAUGCACAGAUGGUAGCUGCUCUUGUCUCUCAGAUUAUCAAGGAGAUCCUUAUAUAGGUUGCCGACCAGAAUGCAUCCUUAACAAUGAUUGUCCUUUAUCUCGAGCUUGCAUUCGCAAUAAAUGCGUAGAUCCAUGUCCCGGAACUUGUGGUGAAAAUGCACAGUGCAACGUAUACAAUCAUAUUCCUAUGUGCAGCUGCUUGCCUGGAAUGACAGGAAACGCUUUUCUUUCUUGUCGUCCAAGCAAAGGCCCCGAAGAUCCCUGUAAUCCUUCACCCUGUGGAUCCAAUAGUAUCUGUCGCGUGAUAAACGAGCAAGCAGUAUGUUCUUGCGUGCCCAAUUUCAUAGGAACACCUCCUUCUUGUAGACCAGAGUGCACAGUGAGUUCAGAUUGUCCAAAGAAUCAGGCGUGCAGCAAUCAAAGAUGUAUAAAUCCUUGUGCUGGUUCAUGCGGUGUCAUGGCUAAGUGUCAAGUGAUUAAUCAUAAUCCAAUUUGCAAUUGUCCAACCGGCUUCACAGGCGAUCCUUUUGUGAGAUGUGAACCUAAAAUUGAAAGGCCCGAAUUACCUAUUAAUCCAUGUCAACCAUCACCAUGUGGACCCAAUGCGAUUUGUCAGACGAUAAAUGAUUCACCUUCCUGUUCUUGCAUGCCCGAAUUUGUCGGAUCACCACCUAAUUGUAGACCUGAAUGUAUUAGUAACAGUGAAUGCGCUAGCAACUUAGCGUGUGUGAACAACAAAUGUAAAGAUCCUUGUCCUGGGUCCUGUGGAUCUAAUACAGAGUGUCGUGUUGUGAGCCACACUGCCAUGUGUGUGUGUUUGAUCGGUUACGAGGGCGAUCCAUUCAUUCAGUGUACUUUGAAACAGACUGACAUACAACCGACUGUUUCUACUCCAUGCAUUCCAUCACCUUGUGGUUCAAAUGCUAUUUGCAAGGAACAAGGUGGAGUUGGUUCAUGUUCUUGUUUACCUGAUUAUAUAGGCAAUCCUUAUGAAGGUUGUCGACCAGAGUGUAUCAUGAAUUCUGAUUGCAUAUCUACUCGUGCUUGCAUUCGUUCUAAGUGUCAGGAUCCUUGUCCUGGUGCCUGUGGCACGAAUGCCGAAUGCCAGGUUGUCAAUCAUUUACCACAGUGCAAUUGUUUCCCUGGCUACACUGGUCAGCCUUACCAGUUCUGUCAAUUGAUUACAACACAACUUGAAGAUAAGAAAGAUCCAUGUUCUCCAUCACCCUGUGGACCAAAUAGUAGAUGCCAAGUAAUUAAUGAUCAGGCAGUUUGUUCUUGUCUACCAGAAUUUACUGGUUCACCUCCAGGAUGUCGACCAGAAUGUGUAGUCAGUGCAGAGUGCUCAUCGAAUUUAGCCUGUAUUAAUCAAAAAUGCAUAAAUCCUUGUCCUGGACCAUGCGGUAUCAAUGCAGAAUGUAAUGUUAUUCAUCAUAGUCCUAUCUGUGCCUGUAGACAAAGAUAUACUGGUGAUCCAUUCAGUCGUUGUUUCCCUAUGCCAGAAUCUCCACCAGUACCAGUACCAUUUAAUCCAUGCAUUCCAUCACCUUGUGGUCCAAACGCAGAAUGUCGCGAUAUCAAUGGCAUAUCUUCCUGUUCCUGUUUAUCAAAUUAUAUAGGAAGCCCUCCAAAUUGUCGUCCGGAAUGCACAGUGAACUCUGAUUGUUCUCUUAAUCAAGCCUGUAUGAGAGAGAAAUGCAAAGAUCCUUGUCCUGGUUCUUGUGGUACUUUUGCUCAGUGUACCGUGAUGAAUCAUGUACCAAUUUGUAGUUGCAUUGAAGGUUACACUGGAGAUCCAUUUACAAACUGUUAUCCUAAACCAUUACCACAACUAACAGUUUCUGAAGAUUCUUGCAAUCCAUCACCCUGUGGACCAAAUACAGAGUGUAACAAUGGCAUUUGUACUUGUUUAGCCGAAUAUAAAGGAGAUCCUUAUAUAGGAUGUAGACCUGAGUGUGUUCUCAAUACUGAUUGUCCCACGAAUCAAGCUUGUGUUCGUAAUAAAUGCAUUAAUCCUUGUGUCAACACUUGUGGACAGAGUGCCAUAUGCAAUGUCUUCAACCAUAUUCCUAUGUGCAGUUGUCCUUCAGGCAUGAGUGGCAAUGCUUUCAUACUCUGUUCCCCAAUUCAAGAUGUAGUUCCAGCAACGCCCUGUAAUCCAUCCCCAUGUGGUCAAAAUAGUCAAUGUCGUUCAAUAAAUGGUCAAGCAGUCUGUUCCUGCGUAUCUGGUUACAUAGGAAGUCCUCCAUCUUGUAGACCAGAGUGUGUAGUUAGCUCAGAUUGCUCCAGAAAUGAAGCAUGUAGUAAUUUAAAAUGUAUAAAUCCAUGUCUGGGGACUUGUGGUAUCCAGGCACAGUGUCAAGUCAUUAAUCAUAAUCCCAUAUGCAGUUGUCCUGCAGGAUUUUCCGGAGAUCCAUUUCUUAGAUGCAAUCCUAUCAUGGAAACCAAACCAGAAAUUAUAAACGUAUGCAAGCCAUCACCAUGUGGUCCUAACGCUCUGUGUCAAGUAAUAAAUGAUUCGCCAUCUUGCACUUGUUUACCAGGAUUUAUUAACUCUCCACCAAAUUGUCGUCCGGAAUGUGUUAGUAAUAGCGAAUGUUUGGCUCAUCACGCUUGUAUAAAUCAAAAAUGCAAAGAUCCGUGUCCUGGUUCCUGUGGAGAGAACGCAGACUGUCGUGUAGUCAGUCAUACACCCAUGUGCGUUUGUUCCAUUGGAUAUACGGGUGACCCAUUCACGCAAUGCGUUCCAUUCCAAGAAUCGAUACCAACCUCUCCUUGCACACCAUCACCCUGCGGUUCGAAUGCCAUUUGCAAAGAACAAAAUGGAGUGGGAUCUUGCGCUUGUUUGCCUGAAUACAUUGGCAAUCCAUACGAAGGAUGUCGACCAGAGUGCACUGUUAGUUCAGAUUGUCUUUCGAAUCUUGCCUGUAUAAGAAACAAGUGUCAAAAUCCUUGUCCUGGAACUUGUGGACAAGAUGCCAUUUGUCAAGUGAUUAAUCAUUCGCCAACUUGCACUUGUGUACCCGGUUUCACGGGUGAUCCGUUUAGAUAUUGCCAACUUAUGAGAGAACCUGAUAAAUCUGAAGAUGAAACAAAUCCGUGUAUUCCAUCGCCGUGCGGGCCAAAUAGUCAAUGCCGCGUGAUUUCCGGUAAUGCGGUAUGUUCUUGCUUACCAGAAUACACCGGAAGUCCUCCUUCGUGCCGUCCAGAAUGUGUUGUAAGUUCAGACUGCCCCUCGAAUAGAGCCUGCGUGAAUCAGAAGUGUGUGAAUCCUUGUCCACGACCUUGUGGACAAAACACUAACUGUCUAGUCGUGAAUCACAGUCCAAUUUGUACCUGCAAAGAAGGAAACACUGGAAAUCCGUUCACCAGAUGUUUCUCUCUUCCAACUCAACCAACGUUACCUGAUCUACCUCAGAAUCCCUGUAUACCAUCCCCCUGUGGACCAUAUUCUGAAUGUCGAGAUAUCGGUGGCGCCCCUUCUUGUUCCUGUUUAGCUAAUUAUUUCGGCAGUCCACCGAAUUGUAGACCAGAAUGUACCGUAAACUCAGAUUGUCCAAGUGAUAGAGCGUGCAUCAGACAGAAAUGCACCGACCCUUGUCCCGGAUCUUGCGGUUUAUCCUCACAGUGCACGGUUUUCAAUCAUAUUCCCGUUUGUACGUGUCUGGAGGGAUUCACUGGUGAUCCUUUCAGCAACUGUUCUCCUGCUCCACCCAUUGAAACGGUUUCUGAAGAUCCAUGCAAUCCAUCACCUUGUGGUCCAAAUGCGCAGUGCAAUAAUGGCGUCUGUACUUGUUUGGCAGAAUAUCAGGGCGAUCCUUAUUUAGGUUGUCGACCAGAAUGUGUUCUUAAUACAGAUUGUCCUUUGACUCAAACUUGUCUACGUAAUAAAUGUGUUGAUCCUUGUAUCGGUACUUGUGGUCAAAAUGCAGUUUGCAACGUAUACAAUCAUGUGCCAAUGUGCAGUUGUCCUGCUGGAAUGACGGGCAAUGCAUUUGUUUUCUGUAAUCCAUUCAGAGAUCCUCUUGUGACCAAUCCAUGUAAUCCAUCACCUUGCGGACCGAAUAGUCAGUGUAGAGAAGUGAAUGAGCAAGCUGUGUGCACUUGUAUCCUUGGUUUCGUUGGUAUUCCACCAACUUGUAGACCAGAAUGUGUAGUGAGCACAGAUUGUGGGCCUACUGAAGCUUGCAUAAAUCAGAAAUGCAAUAAUCCGUGUAUUGGAUCGUGUGGAAUCAGGGCAAUUUGUCAAAUAGUCAAUCACAAUCCGAUUUGCAGUUGCCCUGUUACAAUGACUGGUGAUCCAUUUGUCAAGUGUAUUGAGAAACCAUUGGAAGUACCACUGCAACAGAAUCCUUGUGAACCAUCUCCUUGUGGUCCAAAUGCGCAAUGUCAAGUUAUCAAUAAUUCCCCAUCGUGUUCUUGUUUAUCAGAAUUCACUGGUUCACCACCCAAUUGUAGACCAGAAUGCAUAAGCAAUAGCGAGUGUCCAAGUAACUUAGCAUGCAUCAAUCAGAAAUGUAGAGAUCCUUGUCCAGGUUCUUGUGGUGAGAAUGCUAUAUGCAACACGGUAUCUCACACACCAAUGUGCACAUGUUCCUCAGGAUACACCGGAGAUCCAUUUACUCAGUGUAUCUUGCAACAACUUAUCCCAAUGUACAUUCCUCAACCCUGUGUACCAUCUCCUUGUGGAGCAAACGCGAUUUGUAAGGAACGAAACGGAGCAGGAUCAUGCUCUUGCUUGCCAAAUUACAUAGGUAAUCCCUAUGAAGGCUGUCGGCCGGAAUGUGUGUUAAAUUCAGACUGUGUACCAAGCAAGAGCUGUGUUCAAUUUAAAUGCGAGGAUCCUUGUCCUGGUACAUGUGGUCAGAAUGCUGUUUGUCAAGUGAUCAAUCAUGUGGCUACUUGCAAUUGCUUGCUUAGAUUUACCGGAGAUCCUUUCAGAUUCUGUAGAGAAGAAGAAAUAGUCACUUUACCGAGCGUGAAAAAUCCUUGUCAACCAUCACCUUGUGGAGCAAACAGUGUCUGUAAAGAGAACAAUGGACAGGCAGUGUGCUCGUGUUUGCCUGAAUUCCGUGGUUCUCCACCAGGAUGUAGGCCAGAAUGCGUAGCCAGCGCAGAAUGUCCUUUUGAUCGAGUUUGCGUAAAUCAAAAGUGCAUCAAUCCUUGUCCUGAUCCUUGUGGAAGAAACGCGAUUUGCAGAGUUAUCAAUCGUAAUCCUAUUUGUUCUUGCCAGCAAGGAUUUACCGGAGAUGCUUUCACUAUCUGUUUCCCUGUUCCACGUCCACCACCAGAGUCUUUAACACCUGUGCAACAAGAUCCUUGUCUUCCAUCUCCUUGUGGUCCAUAUUCGCAAUGUCGAAAUAUCGGAGGAAAUCCCUCUUGUUCAUGUUCGCCAUCUUAUAUCGGUGUUCCACCAAAUUGCAGACCAGAGUGCACGAUAAACGCAGAAUGUUUGAGUGCACUCGCUUGCAUUCGUGAGAAGUGCUCUGAUCCUUGUCCAGGAUCGUGUGGUGUUGGUGCACAAUGCACUGUUCUUAAUCAUGUUCCAAUUUGUUCUUGUCUUGAAGGAUAUACUGGAGAUCCAUUUAGCAGCUGUAUUCCGAAACCAUUUAUAUCCGAAGAACCAGUGUUAGAUCCUUGUAAUCCCUCACCAUGUGGAGCAAACGCGUUUUGUCGUGAUGGCUCUUGCACGUGUCUUCCGGAAUUCCAAGGUGAUCCUUAUAGUGGUUGUCGACCAGAAUGUGUAAUGAAUACUGACUGUGCCCGUGACAGAGCAUGUAUAAGAAACAAAUGCAUAGAUCCAUGCAUAGGAACUUGUGGACAGAACGCACAAUGCCAGACGAUUAAUCACAUUCCCAUGUGUAGUUGUCCUGCUGGCAUGUCCGGAAACGCUUUUGUUUCCUGUUCUCCAGUUCAGGAAGAUACAAUACAGAAUCCUUGCUCUCCAUCACCUUGUGGACCAAAUAGUCAUUGUCAAGAAGUAAAUGGAAUCGCGGUUUGCAAAUGUAUAGAAGGUUUUAUGGGCAAUCCGCCCACUUGUCGGCCAGAAUGUAUCGUUAGUUCAGAUUGCGAGCUUUCCAAGGCUUGCAUCAAUCAAAAAUGCAGAGAUCCUUGUCCCGGAAGUUGUGGUGUGAGAGCAGAAUGCUCCGUGGUCAAUCACAAUCCCAUUUGCAGGUGUCCUCAAGGUCUGAGCGGUGAUCCUUUCGCUGCUUGUACCGUUAUAGUUGAAACAUCUCCUGAACCGAUCAAUCCAUGUUAUCCAUCACCUUGCGGUCCAAACGCUCAAUGUCAAGUUGUGAAUCAAGCACCCUCGUGCUCGUGUUUGCCAGAAUUUACGGGAUCCCCACCGAAUUGUAGACCAGAAUGUGUUAGCAAUAGCGAGUGUUCAAUUCGACAGGCUUGUAUUAAUCAGAAAUGCAAAGAUCCAUGUCCUGGUUUGUGCGGAGCUAACGCUGAAUGCAGCGUUUUCAGUCAUACUCCAAUUUGCUCUUGUCGUACAGGAUUCACUGGAGAUCCUUUUGUUCAAUGCAAUCCCCUUCAAAUUAUUGAAGAAAGACCUUCACCUUGUACACCAACACCAUGUGGUGCGAACGCGGUUUGCAAAGAAUCAGGAAAUGCAGGUGCUUGCUCCUGCUUACCUGAUUACAUAGGAAACCCUUAUGAGGGUUGCAGGCCAGAAUGCGUUGUGAAUUCAGAUUGUACAGCGAAUCUCGCAUGCGUAAGAUCCAAGUGCCAGGAUCCUUGUCCAGGUGCUUGUGGUCCCAAUGCCAUGUGCAAUGCUGUGAACCACUUGCCAGUAUGCAUUUGUAUACAGGGAUAUACAGGAGAUCCAUUUAGAUAUUGCAAUUUGAAUCCAAUAAAACAAGAAGAUAUGAUAGUGAAUCCUUGCAAUCCUUCACCUUGUGGGCCAAAUAGCGAAUGUCGCGUGAACAAUAACCAAGCAGUCUGUUCUUGUAAAUCAUCUUACCUUGGCAGCCCACCUAAUUGCAGACCAGAAUGCGUAGUUAGCACUGAGUGUUCUCUGACACGAGCCUGCGUUAACCAGAAAUGCGUAGAUCCGUGUCCCAAUUCAUGUGGCGUGAAUGCCAAUUGUAAGAUUAUUAAUCACAGUCCUAUUUGUUUCUGCAACAAUGGAUAUACUGGAGAUCCUUUCACUGCUUGCUUCCGUGUUCCUGUUCCUCCAGAAACUGCAUUAACAGUGCAAAGAGAUCCGUGUUCGCCAUCACCAUGUGGACCUAAUGCAAUUUGCCAGAAUGUAGGUCAAACUCCAGCUUGCACUUGUUUGCCAAACUAUCGUGGCAGUCCACCAAACUGCAGACCAGAGUGUACCAUCAAUUCUGAAUGUCCUAGUAACCAAGCAUGUAUUCAAGAAAGAUGUAAAGAUCCCUGUCCAGGUUCAUGUGGUUUCAAUGCUCUAUGUACUGUAUUCAAUCACGUUCCCAUGUGUUCAUGUAUCGAAGGAUACACUGGUGAUCCUUUUAGUCAAUGUAGUCAACAAGUGAAACCUCCUGAACCAGUAGAGACAGAUUUAUGUAAUCCAUCUCCUUGUGGACCUAACGCUCAAUGCGACAAUGGAAUCUGUUCUUGUCUGCCCGAUUAUUAUGAAGAUUCGACUAUUGGUUGUCGACCAGAAUGUGUACUUAACAAUGAUUGCCCUAGAGACAAAGCUUGCAUGAGAAACAAAUGCGAGGAUCCUUGCAUUGGAACGUGUGCCAGUGAUGCAAUUUGUAAUGUAGUUAAUCAUGUACCAAUGUGCAGUUGUCCAUCUGGUUUCGAAGGAAAUGCAUUUGCAUUCUGUCGUCCUGCUAUAGCCAAUGUUCCAUCUAAUCCGUGCAGUCCAUCCCCUUGCGGGCCUAAUAGUCAAUGUAGAUCGAACAAUGGCCAAGCAAUUUGUAGUUGCGUGCCAGGUUAUUUAGGAAACCCACCGAAUUGUCGUCCAGAGUGUAUAAUUAGCUCUGAGUGUCCGCCGAAUGAAAUUUGCACGAAUCAGAAAUGUAGAAAUCCUUGCAUCGGCUCGUGUGGUUUGGGAGCUCGUUGCACAGUUGCAAAUCGUAAUCCUAUUUGCCAUUGUCCUGAAGGAUUCACAGGUGAUCCAUUCAUUAGAUGUCUUCUACUUCCACCAAUUCCACCAGAACCGAUAAACGUUUGCCAACCUUCACCUUGUGGACCCAAUGCUCAGUGUCAAAUAUUAGAAAAUUCGCCUUCUUGCACAUGUUUGCCUGAUUUUAUCGGUUCUCCACCGAAUUGCAGACCUGAAUGUAUCAGCAAUAGCGAGUGUCCGAGUUAUCAAGCUUGUGUGAACCAAAAAUGUAAAGAUCCUUGUAUUGGUUCAUGUGGAGAAAACGCACAAUGUCGUACUGUCAGUCACACGCCUAUGUGCUACUGUGAAAUCGAUUAUACUGGUGAUCCAUUCAUACAAUGCUUCAUUAAGCCUAUUGAGGAUACAUCGAUACAAAUAAAUCCAUGCUUACCCUCUCCUUGUGGGCCUAAUGCGAAAUGCACUGAAAGAAACGACGUAGGCUCUUGCGCGUGUCUCCCGGGCUAUAUAGGAAAUCCUUACGAGGGAUGCAGGCCAGAAUGCAUUCUAGACUCCGAUUGUUCACCCACUCGUGCUUGCAUCAAUUCAAAAUGUAUCGAUCCGUGUCCAGGAACGUGUGGAACCAAUGCAGAAUGCCGCGUAAUCAAUCAUCGAGGUUCUUGCACCUGUUUCUCUGGUUAUACCGGUGAUCCUUAUCAAUAUUGUUCUAUCCAACCUAUUGCUUCUGAUGUCCCUGCAAGCGAUCCGUGUGCAAAUGGCCAAUGCGGUCCCAAUAGUCAAUGCAGGAUGAUUAAUCAAAUAGCUGUUUGUUCAUGCAUGCCGAAUUAUAUUGGUACUCCUCCAGCUUGUAGACCAGAAUGUGUUACCAGCUCGGAAUGUAUUGACAAGGCGUGUAUAAAUCAGAAAUGCGUAAAUCCAUGCCCUACCUCUUGUGGAAAGAACUCUGAUUGCAGAGUAAUCAAUCAUGCACCUCUGUGUAAUUGCAUGAGAGGAUACACUGGUGAUCCAUUCUCUGUUUGUUUUCCUGUUCCAUUGAUACCACCUGUUCAAUUUGAUCUUGUACCGAAAGAUCCUUGCAUUCCAUCCCCUUGUGGUGCUUAUUCAGAAUGUCGAAACAUUGGUAGUAUACCAUCCUGUUCCUGUUUGGCCACAUACAUUGGAAAUCCACCGAAUUGUCGACCAGAAUGUACUAUAAAUUCAGAUUGUCCUCCAAAUCAGGCUUGCAUGCAGCAAAAAUGCAGGGAUCCUUGUCCUGGAUCUUGUGCUCCUUUAGCUCAAUGUUCCGUUGUCAAUCAUAUACCAAUUUGUUCUUGUCUGUCUGGUUACACUGGAGAUCCCUUCACCAAUUGUUUUGUUCAACCAACACUACCUAUUGAAACUGAUCCAUGUGCAUCUUCACCUUGUGGAUCAAAUGCGCGCUGUGAUAAUGGUAUUUGCACUUGUUUGCCCGAAUAUUCUGGUGAUCCAUACGCAGGUUGCAGACCUGAAUGUGUUCUAAGUAACGAGUGUCCAAUUAACAGAGCUUGUGUUAGAAAUAAAUGUAUCGAUCCUUGUGUUGGUGUUUGUGGACAGAAUGCAUUGUGCAAUGUGUUCAAUCAUGCACCUAUGUGCAGUUGUCCUCCGGGAAUGUCAGGAAACGCUUUCGUGCUCUGUUCACCUCUUCAAGCAAUCGAAGUCAAUGAUCCUUGCAAUCCAUCACCCUGUGGUCCUAACAGUCGAUGCAGACAAAAUAAUAUGCAAGCUACAUGCUCUUGCAUAAAUGGGUACAUAGGAGCACCUCCUACUUGUAGACCAGAGUGUGUGGUUAGUUCUGAUUGCCCAUUAAAUGAAGCUUGUAUUAAUCAAAGAUGUAGAAACCCUUGUGAAGGAGGCUGUGGAUUAAAUGCGAUUUGUAAUGUCGUGAAUCACAAUCCUAUAUGCUCAUGUAGAGAAAAAAUGACUGGUGAUCCUUUCCUCAGAUGUUAUCCAAUACCUGAAAGACCUCCAAUUCCGAUCAAUCUCUGUCAACCAUCUCCUUGUGGACCAAACGCGGAGUGUCAAGUGCUCAAUAAUCAACCAUCCUGCUCGUGUCUUCUAGAAUUUAUAGGAUUACCACCUAACUGUCGCCCAGAAUGUGUCAGCAAUAGCGAAUGUCCUAAUCGAUUAGCAUGCAUCAAACAAAAAUGUCAAGAUCCUUGUAUAAAUUCUUGUGGAGUGAAUGCAAUUUGUAACGUGGUUAAUCACAUUCCAAUGUGCGCUUGCAUUGAUGGUUACAGUGGAGAUCCAUUUACACAAUGUGUUCCACAACAAUUCAACGAUGAAAAUAACAGACCAGAUCCUUGCACUCCAUCCCCAUGUGGAUCAAAUGCAAUCUGUCGAGUCCAACAAAAUACAGCUUUCUGUUCCUGUCAAGAUGAUUAUAUUGGAAAUCCUUACGAGGGAUGUAGACCCGAAUGUACCCUGAGUUCAGACUGUCCAUCCAAUCAAGCUUGCUUUAGAUCUAAAUGUAGAGAUCCUUGUCCUGGAACUUGUGGUCCAAAUGCUCAGUGUUAUGUUAUCAAUCACGCAGCCGUUUGUAGCUGUCUUGAACGAUACACUGGUGAUCCUUUCAAUUACUGCAAUCUCAUCAUAGAACAACCUAAACCUAAUCUGGCUAAUCCUUGUGAGCCAACACCUUGCGGACCUUAUAGUCAAUGCAAAGAAACAAAUGGUCAAGCCACAUGUUCUUGCCUUCUAACUUAUAUAGGUGUACCUCCUAAUUGUAAACCAGAGUGUACAGUUAGUUCUGAUUGCUCGUUGAAUCUGGCUUGUAAGAAUAACAAAUGUAUUGACCCAUGUCCUGAUUCUUGUGGUCAGCAAAGCACUUGCAGAGUCGUAAACCAUAGUCCUAUUUGCAGUUGCAAACCAGGCUUCACUGGUGAUCCCUUCACAUACUGUUUCUACAAUCCACCUCCAUCCGUUAUUGAAACACCUAUAGAUCCAUGUAUCAAUUCACCUUGCGGACCCAAUUCUCUAUGUCGCAAUAUCAAUGGCUCUCCUUCAUGCUCUUGCAUGCUUAAUUAUAUCGGUGCACCACCGAAUUGUCGUCCAGAAUGUGUCAUCAAUACGGAUUGUCCCAGAAAUCAAGCUUGUAUUCGCGAGAAAUGCCAAGAUCCUUGUCCAGGAUCCUGUGGAAUUAACAGUGUCUGUACUGUAUACAAUCAUGUUCCUGUUUGUACAUGUUUGGAAGGAUAUACAGGAGACCCUUUCAAUAGUUGUCAACUCAAACCAAUAAAAGUAGAAGAACCUGUGAUAGAUCCAUGCAGCAAAUCUCCUUGUGGUCCCAAUGCUCAAUGUGAUAAUGGCAUCUGCACUUGCUUGCCAGAAUACUUCGGUAAUCCAUACAUCAGUUGUCGACCAGAAUGUGUAUUAAGUACAGAUUGUUCAAAUGACAAAGCAUGUAUAAAAAAUAAAUGCGUGGAUCCUUGUCCUGGAGCUUGCGGUCAGAAUGCUCAAUGCAAUGUUAUCAAUCACAUACCUAUGUGUAGUUGUCCCUCUAAUACUGGAGGAAAUGCUUUAAUAAUAUGUUCACCUGUGCAAGCUCCUGCAAAAACGAAACCAUGUAAUCCAUCCCCAUGCGGACCAAACAGUAUAUGUAGAGAGAUAAAUGAUCAAGCUGUAUGCACUUGUGCUCCAGAAUAUCUUGGAACUCCACCUUUAUGCAGGCCAGAAUGCUUGAUUAGUUCAGAUUGUCCUCAAAAUCAGGCUUGUUUGAAUCAGAAAUGUAAAGAUCCAUGUAUUGGAACAUGUGGUAUUCAGGCAAUUUGUUUAGUGGUGAAUCAUAAUCCUGUUUGCUCUUGUCCAGAAGGAUAUACAGGAAAUCCGUUCAUCAGAUGCGAGAUCAAAAAAAUAGUAGCGCCUACGAACCCUUGUCAACCAUCACCCUGCGGCCCAUAUUCCCAAUGUCAAGUGAUCAACGACACUCCAUCCUGCAGCUGUCUGUCUGAAUAUAUAGGCGCUCCGCCAAAUUGCAAACCUGAGUGCAUAUCAAACUCCGAGUGCCCCAGCCACCAAACUUGUAUUCGACAAAAGUGUGGAGAUCCUUGUCCAAAUCUCUGUGGAGAGAGUGCAGAAUGUCACGUAACUUAUCACGUACCAAACUGUGUUUGUCCUAAUGAUUUCACCGGAGACCCUUAUACACGUUGCACGAUAAUAACUCGCGAACCGGAACCCUCACCCUGCGCUGAAGGCACUUGUGGCACAAAUGCUUUGUGCAGAGAACGAGACGGUGUCGGCAUUUGUUAUUGCCCCCCUGAAUAUAUUGGCAACCCAUACGUAGGCUGUAGACCCGAAUGCGUGAUUAACCCUGAUUGUCCAUCCAACAAAAUGUGCGUGCGAAACAAAUGCCAAGACCCUUGUCCUGGAGCCUGCGGCUGGAAAGCCGAGUGCUCAGUGGUUAACCAUCUGCCUUUCUGCAAUUGCCCGCCAGGAUUCACUGGCGACCCGCUUGUCGCAUGCAGUGUGGCUUUAGUGUCGCAAGAUGUGGAUAUAUGCAGCCCAUCACCUUGCGGACCGAAUAGUCAGUGCAAAGAGAUAUCCGGUCAGGCUGUGUGCUCAUGCCUACCAACUUAUGUAGGCACCCCUCCUGGAUGCAGACCAGAAUGCGUAGCUAGCUCCGAAUGUCCCACCCAGCUCGCGUGCAAGGAUUACAAAUGCACAAACCCGUGUCCAAGUCCUUGCGGCCUGAACACUAAAUGCGUAGUCGUGAAUCAUAGUCCCAUCUGUAGUUGUAUGCCCGGAUACAGUGGAGAUCCAUUCACCACUUGCACACCGAUUCCACCUGUCACAAUCCCUGGCCCAAUGGAGAAAGACCCCUGUAUGCCAUCCCCAUGUGGUAGUUUCGCUCAAUGCAGGAACAUUCGCAAUUCAGCAGCAUGUAGCUGCUUAGAAGGUUAUACCGGUCAGCCACCGAAUUGCAGACCCGAAUGUACUAUCAAUUCCGAAUGUCAAAGUGAUAUGUCUUGUGUAAACAUGAAAUGCAGAGAUCCUUGUCCUGGUUCCUGUGGUCUUUCUGCUGUUUGCACAGUGGUUAACCACAUUCCCAUAUGCAAUUGUCCUGAAGGUUUCACUGGAAAUCCAUUCACUCUCUGUCAAUUGUUACCAGCCACACCCAUUAUACCAACACCAAUAGAGGAUGAAUGUUCCUUGUCACCCUGUGGACCUAACACAGAAUGCUUAAAAGGUGUUUGCACGUGCCUGUCAGAAUUCCAAGGAAAUCCAUAUCUAGGAUGUCGACCCGAAUGCGUAUUAAACACCGACUGUCCUCGCGAUAAAGCUUGUUUGCGGAACAAAUGUAUGGAUCCUUGUCCCGGAACCUGUGGUCUGAAUGCCAUUUGCGCGGUUAUCAAUCAUGUACCUAUGUGCAGCUGCCCUGGAAAUAUGACUGGGAAUGCAUUUAGUCAAUGUACUCCUUUGCAAGAUGUGAUACCCAUCAAUCUAUGUAGCCCAACACCCUGUGGACCCAAUAGCGAAUGCAGAAUCGUAAAUGGUCAAGCAGUUUGCUCAUGCAUCAAAGGAUUCUUAGGAAGCCCACCCACCUGUAGACCCGAGUGCAUUGUGAGCACAGAUUGCCCGCAAAACGAAGCCUGUAAUAAUCAGAGAUGUACAAACCCGUGUCCAGGAACAUGUGGAAUCGGAGCCAAGUGCAACAUCGUCAACCAUAAUCCCGUAUGCAGUUGCCCAUUACGUUUCACAGGCGAUCCAUUUGUACAGUGCAUGCCUUUCUUGGAAGAACCUGCGAUAGAUCCAUGUAAGCCAUCUCCUUGUGGUCCAAAUUCUCAAUGUCAGGUGAUCAACGAUUCUCCCUCUUGUUCAUGCUUGCCAGAAUUCUCUGGCAGUCCACCCAAUUGUCGUCCAGAAUGUAUUAGCAACACUGAAUGCCCUAGUCAAUUUGCUUGUAUCAAUCAGAAAUGUAAAAAUCCUUGUAUUGGAUCUUGUGGAUCUGGUGCUGAUUGCCAUGUCAUCAGUCACACUCCCAUGUGUACUUGUUUGAGCGGAUACACAGGCGAUCCGUUCUCACAGUGCAUUUUUAAAGAACCUACAAUUCCAUUGUCCAUGCCCAUUGAUCCCUGUAACCCGUCCCCUUGUGGUUCAAACGCUAUUUGUAAAGAAUUAAAUGGAGCUGGAUCAUGUACCUGUAUUUCUAAUUACAUCGGAAAUCCAUACGAGGGAUGUCGACCGGAGUGUUUGUUAAAUUCCGAUUGUCCUGCUAAUCAAGCUUGCAUGAAUAGCAAAUGCCAAGAUCCUUGUCCAGGAAUCUGUGGUCGUAACGCAGAGUGUCACGUUAUCAAUCACUUACCAGUGUGCGAAUGUUAUCCUGGUCACACUGGUAAUGCAUUUGUCCUGUGUUCACUUAUGCAACCAGAAGUCGAUCAAACGAUCAGUCGACCUUGUAAUCCAUCUCCCUGUGGACCCAACAGUCAAUGCAGACCAAUCAAUGGACAAUCUGUGUGUUCGUGUUUACCCGACUUCAUAGGAAGUCCACCAUCCUGUAGACCAGAGUGCACAAUUAGUACAGAGUGUGCGCCAAAUUUAGCCUGUAUCAAUAAAAAAUGCGGUGAUCCUUGUCCUGGAUCGUGUGGUUCGAAUACCAGAUGCGAAACCAUUAAUCACAAAGCCAUUUGUGCUUGUCAACCUGGUUUUACUGGCGAUCCACUUGUUGCUUGUUUCGAAAUGAUGAUGGAAAGACCAUCUCCCUUACCACCAAUAUAUGAGAAUCCUUGUGUACCAUCCCCUUGUGGACCAUAUUCAGAAUGUCGUAAUGUAAAUGGUCAGGCUUCUUGCGCCUGUUUAUCAGAAUAUAUGGGCACACCGCCUAAUUGUAGACCAGAAUGUAUAAGGAAUUCAGAAUGUCCUAGCAAUCAGGCUUGCAUUCAAAAGAAAUGUCGUUAUCCUUGCGAAGGAGUUUGUGGUAUAGGCGCCCAAUGUACUGUAACUGAUCACAUUCCUAUUUGUACAUGCCCCAAAGGAUUAUCUGGUGAUCCUUUCGUCAAAUGUUUGCUUGCUCCAGUGAUACAGGAAAAACCUGCGGAUUCUUGUAUCAAUUGUGGUACAAAUACACAAUGUAUCAAUGGAGUUUGUAUCUGUCUACCAGAAUAUCAAGGAGAUCCAUAUUUAGGUUGUCGUCCAGAAUGUGUUUUGAACUCAGAUUGUCCCAGAGAUAAAGCUUGUAUUAAGAGCAAGUGCAAUGAUCCAUGUGCAGGCACUUGUGGCCAGAAUGCAUUAUGUUCCGUAGUAAAUCAUAUUCCAGUUUGCACUUGUCCAUCUGGAACUUCAGGAAAUGCAUUUGUAGUCUGUUCUACCAUUCAAGUGCAAACACCAAAAGAUCCAUGCAACCCAUCACCCUGUGGUCCCAACAGCCAAUGCAGAAAGAUAAAUGAUCAAGCAAUUUGCUCUUGUAUCCCUGGUUAUUUAGAUACGCCACCAAAUUGUAGACCAGAAUGUAUUCUUAGUUCAGAUUGUCCGUCCAAUAUGGCUUGUAAUAAUCAAAAAUGCGUUGAUCCUUGUCCAGGAACUUGUGGAAUAAGAGCUGAAUGUGUGGUUGUGAAUCACAACCCGAUUUGUAGUUGCCCAUCUGAUUUGGUAGGCGAUCCUUUUAGAAUGUGUUUCAGGAAACCCGAAGAACCCCAAGUCUUGAAUCCAUGCGUUCCAUCACCUUGUGGUCCAAACAGUCGAUGUCAAGUCAUAAAUGAAUCACCUUCAUGUUCUUGUUUGCCUGAAUUCCUCGGUUCUCCACCAAAUUGCAAGCCAGAAUGCAUUAGUAACAGCGAGUGUUCCACCCAUUUGGCUUGUAUAAAUCAAAAAUGUCGCGACCCUUGUCCUGGUUCUUGUGGUCCCAAUUCUGAAUGCAGAGUGAUUAGUCACACGCCCAUGUGUGUAUGUUCGUAUGGUUUUGUUGGUGAUCCUUUCAUACAGUGUGUUCCAAAACCAGUCUUUGAAGACACCAUAGAGAAACCUACCCCAUGUGUACCGUCACCCUGUGGCUCUAACGCAGUGUGUAAUGAAUUAAACGGUGCAGCAUCCUGCAAAUGUCUUUCUGAUUACAUUGGCAAUCCCUACGAAGGCUGUCGACCAGAAUGUAUCAUUAAUUCCGAUUGCACAGCUGAUCUGGCUUGUGUUAGAUCUAAAUGUCAAAAUCCUUGUCCAGGAUUCUGUGGAUAUAAUGCUAUUUGUCAGGUUGUUAAUCAUGCACCUUUAUGUACUUGCCAGCCUGGAUAUACAGGAGAUCCAUUCGUUCAGUGUAAUAUUAUUCAAGAGCCACCAAAACCAGCUGAUCCUUGUAGUCCAUCUCCUUGCGGUUUGAACAGUCAAUGUCGCGUAUCUAAUGAACAAGCUACCUGUUCUUGUUUGCCUGCUUUCAUGGGAACUCCACCAAUGUGCAGACCAGAAUGUACAGUUAGUUCCGAUUGUGCGACAAAUCGUGCUUGCAAAAAUCGCAAAUGCAUAGAUCCUUGUCCAGGAAUUUGCGGUAUCAAUGCUAGAUGCGAGUCUAUUAAUCAUAGUCCGAUUUGCAGUUGCAAUAUGGGAUAUACUGGUGAUGCUUUUGUUAGAUGUUUCAAAAUUCCAACUGUUCAAUUUGGUUCAGAUGAACCAAUUAAUAAUCCUUGCGUGCCUUCACCAUGUGGUCCAUUUUCUGUCUGUCGCAUUGUUGGAAAUGCGGAUUUACCAAGUUGUACUUGUAUGGAGAAUUAUAUAGGAACUCCACCGAAUUGUCGACCAGAAUGUACCAUUGAUUCAGAAUGUGCCAGUAAUAGGGCUUGUCUCAGACAAAAAUGUACAGAUCCUUGUCCAGGUUCCUGUGGUACAGGAGCUCAAUGUUUGGUAGUGAAUCAUAUGGCUGUAUGUACUUGUCCUAAGGGUUAUACAGGAGAUCCAUUUGUCAAUUGUUUCCUUCAACCUCCUCCUUCAUCACCGGUUCUUCAAGAUGCUUGUAAUCCUUCACCAUGCGGAUCAAACGCAAUGUGUCGCAAUGGUGUAUGCACCUGCUUACCAGAAUAUCAUGGUGAUCCAUACUACGGAUGUCGUCCAGAAUGUGUUCAAAAUCCAGAUUGUCCUCUAGAUAAAGCUUGCAAUCGUAACAAAUGUUUCGACCCUUGUACCGGCAUUUGUGGUCAAAAUGCCGAGUGUGUCGUGAUAAAUCACACUCCUAUGUGUAGUUGUCCCGAUGGCAUGUCAGGAAAUGCGUUUAUGGCGUGUUAUCCGGUGAAAGACCCAGUGAUAGUACAACCUUGCAAUCCAUCACCCUGUGGUCCCAAUAGUAGAUGUCAAGACAUUAGUGGACAGGCAGUUUGUUCAUGUGCCCCUGGUUACAUAGGAAACCCACCAGCUUGUCGACCAGAAUGUAUAGUUAAUAGUGAUUGUUCGUUAAAUGAAGCUUGUGUGAAUCUGAAGUGUAGAGAUCCAUGUCCUGGAUCCUGUGGAGUAUCAGCUCGUUGUCAAGUGGUCAAUCAUAAUCCCAUUUGCAGUUGUCCUUCAGCAUUUAUUGGCGAUCCCUUUAUCCGUUGUUUACCUAGACCCGAAGAACCUGUGUUAUCAACUAAUCCAUGUCAGUCAUCACCGUGCGGUCCAAACUCAAUCUGUCAAGUCAUUAACAAUUCUCCAUCCUGUUCGUGCAAACCAGAAUUCAUUGGUACUCCACCAAAUUGCAAACCAGAGUGUAUCAGUAAUACCGAAUGUGCUAGCCAUAUGGCGUGCAUCAAUCGUAAAUGCAGAGAUCCUUGUCCUGGUUCCUGUGGUCCUAAUGCGGAAUGCCACGUAGUAAAUCAUAUUGCGUCAUGCAUAUGUGCCAAGGAUUACACUGGAGAUCCAUUCGUUCAGUGUGUUGCCAAGCAACCGGACACAAGUGUAACACCUAGACCCUGUGAACCUUCCCCAUGCGGAGCUAAUGCCAUUUGCCGAGAGCAAAAUGGUCUUAGCUCUUGCACUUGUUUGCCCGAAUAUAUCGGCAAUCCUUACGAAGGAUGCCGACCAGAAUGCAUUCGUUCCUCAGAUUGUCCCUCCCAUUUGGCUUGCAUUAGGUCUAAGUGUCAGAAUCCUUGUCCCGGUUCUUGCGGAGCUAACACCAAUUGUCAGGUGGUGAAUAAUUUACCUGUAUGCACUUGCAUUCCGCAAUAUACUGGUGAUCCAUACGUGAACUGUGUAUAUAAGAUUUCAUCAACCGAAGAAGAAGAACGAAAUGUUUGUCAACCAUCUCCUUGCGGUCCGAAUAGUCAAUGUCAAAAUGUAAAUGGUCAAGCAGUGUGUUCCUGUUUAUCUCAAUAUAUAGGAACUCCACCAAAUUGUAGACCAGAAUGUAUCGUGAAUUCGGAAUGUAAUUCGAAUCUCGCGUGUAUCAAUCAAAAAUGCAAAGAUCCUUGCCCUGGCACAUGUGGGACGAAUGCACAAUGCAAAGUAGUCCAUCAUAGUCCCAUUUGUAGUUGUGGAAAUGAUUUUACAGGAGAUCCUUUUGUUCACUGCUUCCCUGCUCCAUUGCCAAAGCCGGAAGAACCAUAUCCGAAAGAUCCAUGUGUUCCAUCACCUUGUGGUCCAAACGCGAUGUGCAAAGCCAUAGGAGAAACUCCAGUCUGCACUUGCAUGAACAAUUAUAUCGGAGUUCCACCGAAUUGCCGACCAGAAUGCUCUAUCAAUUCGGAUUGCAUAGCAGAUAAGGCAUGCAUUCAGGAGAAAUGUAGAGAUCCUUGUCCAGGAUCUUGUGGUUUGAAUGCACGUUGCACAGUUAUAAAUCAUACACCAGCUUGUACUUGUCCUGAAGGAUAUUCCGGUGAUCCAUUCAUCAAUUGUUCGCCAAUUACAUUUAUUUCAGAACCUCCAUCAAAUCCAUGUAAUCCAUCACCAUGUGGACCAAAUGCACAAUGCAAUAAUGGUGUUUGUACUUGCAUACCUGGCUAUCUAGGUGACCCGUAUACUAUAUGUCGACCUGAAUGUGUAAUUAACACAGACUGUUCCCGAAACGAAGCUUGCAUACUGCAUAAAUGCAGAAAUCCUUGCAUAGGAACUUGUGGAAUAAAUGCAGAAUGUAACGUAAUCAAUCAUCUACCGAUGUGCAACUGUCCUAGGAAUAUGACGGGCAAUGCAUUCGUUUCGUGUAUUCCUCUUCGAGAACCUACUAUAAUUGAUCCAUGCAAUCCAUCUCCUUGCGGUCCGAACAGUCAUUGUCGAUCUUCCAAUGGACAAGCUGUUUGUAGUUGUGUUACUGGAUUUAAGGGAUCACCACCAUCUUGUAGACCAGAAUGUAUCGUUAGUACUGAUUGUCCGCGUAACAGAGCUUGCAGUAAUCAGAAAUGCAUCGAUCCUUGUCUUGGUACUUGUGGAUUAUCUGCCCAAUGUUCUGUGAUCAAUCAUAAUCCCGUAUGCAGUUGUUUCGAGCAAUAUACUGGAAAUCCAUUCGUACAAUGUAUUCCGCAAACAAAACAACCGGAUAUUCCAGUGAAUCCUUGUCAACCAUCACCAUGCGGUCCCAAUGCUCGAUGUCAAAUGAUCAAUAAUGCACCCUCGUGUUCUUGUCUCCCUGAAUUUAUAGGAAUUCCACCAAAUUGCAGACCUGAAUGCGUGAGCAAUUCAGAAUGCCCAACGCAACAGGCUUGCAUUAAUCAAAAAUGCAAAGAUCCUUGUCCUGGUUCUUGUGGCAGAAACACCGAAUGCAGAACUAUUAGUCACACUCCUAUGUGUACUUGUGCUAAUAACUUCACCGGAAAUCCGUUUAUUCAAUGUACACCUCAACCAAUCGAAGACAUACCACAAAGAGUCAACCCGUGUCAACCAUCUCCUUGUGGUCCAAAUGCUGUUUGUCGCGAAUCUUAUGGUUCACCUCAAUGCACUUGUUUGCCCGAUUUCUAUGGAAAUCCGUAUGAAAAUUGUAGACCGGAAUGUGUUAUUAAUACCGAUUGUCCAUCCAACCGUGCCUGUAUAAGAAACAAAUGUCAAGAUCCUUGUCCAGGAACUUGUAGUUUUAAUGCCGACUGCAAUGUAAUCAAUCAUAUUCCAAUAUGCAGUUGUAAACUCGGUUACACUGGUGAUCCAUUUAGAUAUUGCAGCAUACUCGAACAACUUCCCAUACUAAAUCCCACAAAUCCAUGCGAUCCAUCACCGUGCGGACCCAAUAGUCGAUGUCGCAAUGUGAACGGUCAGUCAAGUUGUUCUUGUCUUCCCAAUUUCAAAGGAACUCCUCCAUUAUGUAGACCAGAAUGCGUAGUUAGCACGGAAUGUGCUAGCAAUAGAGCUUGCAUAAACCAAAAAUGUGUAGACCCAUGUUCCGGAGUUUGUGGAAUAAAUGCGAAGUGCGAAGUCUUCCAUCACAGUCCUAUUUGUAGUUGUGAUGCUUCUCAAACCGGAGAUCCAUUUGUAAGAUGCUUUGACAUGACCACACCCGCACCACUUUUACCCAUAAACCCUUGCGUUCCAUCACCUUGCGGUCCGUUUUCGCAAUGUCAAGAUAUAGGAGGCAUAUCAUCCUGUUCUUGUUUGCCCAAUUAUGUUGGUUCAGCUCCCAAUUGUCGACCAGAAUGUUCUAUUAACUCGGAUUGUACCAGUAAUAAGGCUUGUAUAAGAGAAAAAUGUAAAGAUCCGUGUCCAGGAUCUUGUGCAACGAAUGCACUAUGCAGCGUCAUUAAUCACACACCUGUUUGCACUUGUCCCAGAGAUUAUACAGGAGAUCCUUUCACUAAUUGCCAACCAAUUUUAACACCUAUCGUCCCAGUUCAAUCAGACCCAUGUCAUCCAACACCUUGCGGUCCAAACGCCAUCUGUCGAAACGCUGUGUGCAGUUGUAUAAACGACUAUCAUGGCGACCCUUAUCAAGGUUGUCGACCAGAAUGCGUGCAAAAUUCGGAUUGUACUUAUGACAAAGCUUGUUCUAACAAUAAAUGCGUGAAUCCUUGUACCAAAAUCUGCGGUCAGAACGCAGAAUGCACUGUGAUCAAUCAUAUCCCUACUUGCAGUUGUUUGGAAAAUUAUGAAGGAGACCCAUUUAACCUCUGCAAACCUGUCCGAAAACGUACGAAACCUUGCGAACCCUCACCCUGUGGACCCAACAGCAUUUGUCGCGAGUUUAAUGAGCAAGCUUCUUGUACCUGUCUACCUGGAUAUUUCGGAAUUCCGCCCAGCUGUAGACCUGAAUGUUUGGUGAACUCUGAUUGUGAACAGAGUAAAGCUUGUAUGAAUCAAAGAUGCCAAAACCCAUGCGACAACACUUGUGGACAAAACGCGUUAUGUAUCGUACGAAACCACAAUCCUAUUUGCAGUUGUCCCGUUCAGUAUUCCGGUGAUCCGUUUGUCAGCUGUUUCCCUAUGACACCACAAUACGAAGAGGCUAGUCAGAAUCCGUGCAAACCCUCGCUAUGUGGACCGAAUUCUCAAUGCACAGUAACACAAGACAAUAAAGCUUCUUGUGCCUGUAUGCCCGAGUUUAUAGGCUUACCUCCCAACUGUAGACCUGAAUGUCUUGUGAACAGCGAAUGUCCUAGCAACCAGGCGUGCGUUAAACAGAAGUGUACCGAUCCUUGUACCGGACUCUGCGGCUUUAAUGCCCUGUGUCAAGUUACCCAGCAUUACAUCCACUGUAUAUGUUCCGAAGGAUACACCGGGGACCCGUUUGCUAUUUGUACCGUGGCCAAGACUCCAAAAGAACCACCUACAUCGCUGAGACCUUGCAGUCCUUCACCGUGUGGAGUCAACGCUUAUUGCAGAGAAAAACAAAAUACAGCGUAUUGUGAAUGUUUGCCAAAUUUCCGUGGAAAUCCUUAUGAAGGGUGUCAACCUGAAUGUUUGACCAACACUGACUGUCUGAAAUCGCAAGCUUGCGUCAAGACUAAGUGUCAGGAUCCUUGUCCUGGUACUUGUGGCGUUGGUGCGAUCUGUACAGUUUCUAAUCACAUUCCUAUUUGUUCUUGUCCUCUACCUACUAUCGGCGAUGCGUUUACGAUCUGUCAAGUCAUUCCUGAAGGUCCAAAAGAAAGAGAUCCUUGUUCUCCAUCACCAUGCGGUCCUAAUACCAUUUGCGAAAAAAUCGGCGAUACGGCUGUCUGCAAAUGUUUACCUGGUCUCCAAGGAAUUCCUUCUAGUAUAACAGGUUGUCAUCCAGAAUGUGUGAUUAGUUCAGAUUGUCCGGGAGACAAAGCUUGCAUCGAUAAUAAAUGCGUGAAUCCUUGCACACAAAAUGUGUGCGGUAUCAAGGCCACAUGUAAAGCCAUCAACCAUAGUCCUCUAUGCAGCUGUCCACCUCCUUUAAUUGGCAAUCCAUUCGAUGAAUGUAUUAUCCAAAUUGAAACUGAUCCUUGUAGUCCAUCUCCAUGCACUUAUAAUGGCGAAUGUAAAGUUCGAAAUGGCAUUGCGAUAUGCAUAUAUCCAGAAUGUGUUAUUAAUUCCGAUUGUCCACGAGAAAAGGCUUGUUUCGGCCAAAAAUGUAAAGAUCCUUGCAUCGGUGCUUGUGGUAUCAAUUCAUUGUGUCAAACAGUGAAUCACAAGCCUGUUUGUUCAUGUCCAAUUGGAUUCACUGGAAAUGCUCGUAUACAAUGUACUAUUCCAACGGUCGAAGAACCAGUUCCAGAAUGUAUUCACAAUUCCGAAUGCCCGAACGAUAAGACUUGCUACAACCAAAAAUGCAUUGAUCCUUGCACACUCAACUCCUGCGGUUUUAACAGUCGUUGCCACGUACAAUUACAUCGAGCUGUAUGCGUAUGCAAUGAAGGAUUCACUGGCAAUCCUCAACAAUAUUGUGGUGAAAUUGGUUGUCGUGGUGAUAGUGAUUGUCCAUUAACGCAAUCCUGUGUUAAUAACGAAUGUAUAGACACUUGUUCUGUGACUCAAUGCGGAAUUAAUGCAUUUUGCGAAUCAGAUGGAUAUCAUAGACCAAGGUGUUACUGUCCUGAUGGAUAUUUAGGAAAUCCAUAUCAAGCCUGCGAAAGAUCAGAAUGCAUAACUGAUAACGAUUGUCCAUCUUCUUUGUCAUGUCGCGAUUCAAAAUGUAUAAAUCCUUGUGAUUGCCCACUAUCUGCACAAUGUCACGUGAUUAAUCAUCGACCAAUUUGUCGUUGUCCUCCUGGUUAUGUAGGCAAUCCUUAUACCUCGUGUCUGAUCGAACCGAUUGAACAACCACCUCAAUGUCAAGUAGAUGGAGACUGUCCAAGUAAAUUGGGUUGUUUUAGUGGUGUUUGCAAAGAUCCAUGUGUUGAAAGUAAACCUUGCAUCGCUGGAGCAAAAUGUUCCGUUGUGAACACUUUACCAAUGAGGACUAUGAUUUGCGAGUGUUUACCAAACUUUGCUGGCGAUGCGACUGUCGCUUGUAUUCCUGUGGAUAAACAAAUCGAAGCUAUCUGUAAAGCUGACUCUCAAUGUGCUUCAAAUAUGUCAUGUCUGAACGAAAGAUGUAUCAAUCCAUGCAUUAUCAAUCCAUGUGCUUCGAAUGCGGAAUGUUUAGUCCAAAAUCAUUAUCGUCAAUGUCAUUGUUCGCGUGGAACUGCUGGUGAUCCAUUUGUAAAUUGUUACCGAGAUACUGAUUCAUUUCCAGAAUGCACAUCAAAUCUUGAUUGUGCACCUAAUGAGGCCUGUAUUAAUGAAUUAUGUCAAAAUCCAUGUGUCAGCACGCAGUGUGGUCUGAACGCGGAAUGUAUCACUGUUAAUCAUCAUCCAACCUGUCAUUGUAAGCAAAACUUCGCGGGAGAUCCACAAAUACAAUGUUUCAGACCCGAAUGCAAAUCAGAUAGCGAUUGUCCUUACGAUAAAACUUGUCAAAAUAAUAAUUGCAUCACACCUUGCUUGAUUGGAGACAUUGCCUGUGGUCGUGGUGCAGAAUGCAUCGCUGUUUCUCACAGGGCACAAUGCGUAUGUCCACGCGGCACUCAAGGAGAUCCACGAAUUGCGUGCAUUUCCACAAUAUGUCAUUACAACGAAGAUUGUGCAGAUCACGAAGCUUGUGAUAGGUUGAACAGAGUAUGUCGACCUGUUUGCGAGGAUGACAUUUGCGCAGAAACUGCAAAAUGUAUUGCGAAAGAUCAUCAACCUAAAUGCGUCUGCCCUCUUGGUACCACUGGAAAUCCAUAUAUUGAUUGUACUGGUGUUUCCAUCGAACCAGAAUGCAAAUCAGAUAGCGAAUGUCCAUCAUACUUCGCGUGUAUCAACACUAAAUGCCAAGAUCCUUGUCUAUCCUCCAAUAUGUGUUCUGCAGAUCAAGAAUGCAAGGUAUUAAACACAGUUCCUCUUCGUACAAUGAUAUGCAGUUGCCCAUCAAACACCAUCACUGAUAUAAAUGGAUCGUGCAAAAAAAUUGUGCAAGAGGAUGUGCAAUGUCAUCAAGAUCAAGAUUGCAUUGAUUCUGACAAAUGCGUGGAAGGAACUUGCAUUGAAGCUUGUCUCACGACCAAAUGUGGAUUGAAUGCACAAUGCAAAGCGAUAUCGCACACCGGAAUCUGUUACUGUGCACCCGAAUUCACUGGCAAUGCUUAUAUUGAGUGCAUCAGAGUACCAAUAAUACUACCACCACGUCCAGAAUGUUAUUCUAACAAUGAUUGUUCCAAUGACAAACAGUGUAUAAAUUCUUUCUGCAUGAAUCCUUGCAUUUUUGGAAAUCCAUGUGGCAGAAAUGCAUUAUGUUAUGCAAAUAAUCAUAGUCCAGUUUGCAGAUGUCCUGCCAAUUACAUUGGUGAUUCAAAGAUCAAUUGUGAACCGCCGGAAAUAGUAGCUGAAUGUACCUCGAACAAUGAUUGCGCAGGCAAUACUGCCUGUGUGAACAAUUUAUGCAUUAACCCUUGCAACUGUGGUGCAAAUGCCAAAUGCAAUGUCGUAGAUCAUUAUCCAUCUUGUAUCUGUUCACCUGGAUAUUCUGGAAAUCCUCAAUUGGGUUGUUUUAAAUUGGAUUGUGAAUCUGAUAGCGAGUGCAACAACGCAGCUACAUGUUACAAUGGACAAUGUGUAAAUCCUUGCAUUCUGGAGAAUAAAUGUGCAAUAAAUGCAGAAUGUUAUGGUCAGAAUCAUCGCGCCAUUUGUCGUUGCGGUCCAGGCUAUUUGGGCAAUCCAGAAAUACAUUGCGAAAGAGUGGAAUGCACAUCUGACUAUGAUUGUCCUCGAAAUUUAGCUUGUUACAGUGGACGUUGUAUCAGUCCUUGUAUAGAAGAUUCACCAUGCGCUCAAAAUGCUAUUUGCUAUGUCCAAGAUCACGUGGCCACUUGUCGUUGUCCGGAGAAUAUUCCUGCAGGAAAUCCAUAUUCCUAUUGUACACAUCCGAAAAAGAAACCUGAUGAACCAGAAUGCAGAAUCGAUAUUGAAUGUGCUAACAAAUUGGUGUGCAUUAAGAAUAAAUGUAUUGAUCCAUGCCCGGUGAUCAAACCAUGCUUACAAAAUGCUCGGUGCAAUGUUUUGGAUACUGUUCCAGUGAGAACUAUGACGUGCACAUGUCCUGAAGGUUGGACUACUGAUAUCGAUGGUGUUUGCAGACCAAUUCAAAUAACAAUAAUUGGCACUUGUACAACAAAUGAUGAAUGCAGUGAUGGAGAAGCUUGCAUUAAUAGACAAUGCAGAAACCCAUGCAAUUGCGGUACAAAUGCCGCUUGUUACGUGCGAAACCAUAAGCCGAUCUGUUCCUGUGAAGAAGGAUACCAGGGUAAUCCAGAUAUCGCCUGUUAUUCUGUAGAAUGUACACACGAUAGUGAGUGUGCUUUGGAUAAGAGUUGUGUGAACAACAAUUGCGUGAAUCCUUGUCUGAUCUCCGAUAAUUGUGGAGUAAACGCCGAAUGUUAUCCCAAUAAUCAUAAAGCAGACUGUAGAUGUCGUCAAGGAUACCAUGGAAACUCUCUAGAUCGUUGCAGAGUGAUCGGCUGUUAUAGUAAUGGAGACUGUCCUGGAGAUCAUUCUUGUAUCAACAUGCAGUGUAUCAAUCCUUGCGUCCACAGUAAUCCUUGCUCAUCUCUAGCUGAGUGUAGAGUAUUUAACCAUCUACCCAUUUGUCGUUGCCCAGUUUAUUACAUUGGCAAUCCUUACAUUGCUUGCAAACCAGAAGAACGACCAGAAUGUAAAGAGGAUAGUGAUUGUCCUAAUUUGUUAGCCUGCUUUGAUAAUAAAUGUCAGAAUCCAUGUUCCGUGGUGCAACCCUGCAGCGAACCAUCAGAGUGUAGAGUACUUCCAACGUCUCCGGUUCGCACGAUGGUUUGCGUAUGUCCCAGCGGAUAUGUGAGUAGCGGCAGUGGAACUUGUCGACCUACCAAACCAAUUUUGAAGAUCGAGUGUGCAAGGGAUAGCGAUUGUCCUUCGGAUAAAUCUUGUGUGAACGCGAUAUGCAAGAAUCCUUGUGCUUGCGGUCCUAAUGCGGAUUGCAGCGUUGUUAAUCACAAACCAAUAUGUUCUUGCGUACUAGGAUAUGAUGGAAAUCCUGAUGUGGUGUGUACUAAAGUUGCUGGAUGUCGCACGGAUAGCGAAUGCAGCGGAUCACACGCGUGCGUGCAACAUAAUUGUGUUCCCGUUUGCUCACCAUCAUUGACCACUUGCGGAAAAAAUGCCGAAUGUCACGGUAUCAAUCACAAAGCCAUCUGUGAAUGUCUACCAGGAUUCGGUGGCAAUCCGAGAGUCUCUUGCGUCCUUCUCGGUUGUAAGAGUAAUUCUGAUUGUCCUACCAACAAAGCUUGCAUCAACAACCGCUGUGAGAAUCCUUGCGCGAAAAAUCCUUGUACUGGAAACAUGGAUUGUAACGUUUAUAAUCAUAUAAUCGAAUGUGCUUGUCCUCCUGGCUAUAUUGGAGAUGCCAAAACGGGAUGCGUCAAGUUGACAGAAAAAUGCAAAGCAGAUAAUGAAUGUCCAUCCCAAACUGCUUGUUUCAAUGGUGAAUGUAUUAAUCCUUGCGUGAAGAUCGAACCUUGUGGAAUAAAUGCAGAUUGUAAAGUACUCGAUACGUCUCCUGUGAGAACCAUGAUAUGUGAAUGCAUUCCUGGAUAUAGAGGAAAUGCGGUCAUCCGCUGUGACAAAACGAAUGUAUGUGCAGUGGAAAAAAAUGAGAUUCUAGAUGAAUAUGGCAAUUGCGUCUGUCCACCUGGUUCAGCUAAGGAUGAGAAAGAAAUGUGUAUACCAUGUCGUAAACAGUCUGGAAUGAUAAUCAAUGAAGAAGGAUAUUGUGUGUGCGCUCUGGAGAACGGCAUGAUCAUCGACGAGUAUGGCCGUUGCGUAUGUCCAACUCAUCAUGGAUAUAGACUAGAUGCAAAUGGAUAUUGCAAACCUGCCGACAUAAUCGAGUGCAAACAUGAUGAUGAUUGCGCCGAUAACAGAUUCUGCGAUAAAACCAGUCAGACUUGCGAAGAUCCUUGUUCAAUUCAAUUAUGUGGUCUUUAUGCACUUUGCAAUGCUACUCGUCAUCAAGCUAUUUGCAUAUGCAUCAAUGGCUACAUUGGAAAUGCUUACACUCAAUGCUACGAUAAGAAUCGAUGGCGCACUGAUUUUCCCAGGCCAGAAAUGGUUGUCAGUUGUUUAUCUGAUGGAGUGCAAGUCGAGAUUCAUCUCCAUGAUCAGGAAUUUGAUGGUGUUCUAUAUGUCAAAGGUCACAGUAAGGACGAACAAUGUAGAAGAGUUGUUUCCAUUCCAGCAGAAACUAUGCACAAAACUGAAAUAUUUAAAGUAGCGUUCGGAAAUUGCGGACUUAUUCAUGUAAAUGGACAAGCUAGUUUUGUAUUAGUUAUACAAAAGCAUCCAAAAUUAAUGACAUAUAAAACUCAAGCUUAUCAUAUCAAAUGCAUAUAUCAAACCGGAGAACAAAAUGUCACUCUCGGCUUUAAUGUUUCAAUGUUGACUACUGCCGGUACAAUUGCUAAUACUGGUCCUCCACCAGUCUGUUUAAUGAAGAUUGUCACUCAAAAUGGAAAUGAAAUAAGUUCAGCCGAAAUUGGAGACAAUUUGAUGUUGCAAGUCGAAGUCCAACCUUCCACUAUUUACGGUGGAUUUGCCCGAAAUUGUGUAGCUAAAACGAUGGAAGAUAAAUUGGAGAACGAAUAUAUCGUAACAGACGAGAAUGGCUGUGCAACAGAUCCAACAAUAUUUAAAGAAUGGGAACAAAAUCCUGAGACACAGACAUUGAUGGCUAGCUUUAAUGCUUUUAAAUUCCCAAGUAGUGAUAACAUUCGAUUCCAAUGCAAUAUCCGUGUAUGCUUUGGACGUUGUCAACCCGUCAAUUGUCGAGGAUACAACGCCUUUGGUCGUCGUCGUCGAGACGUAAAUUCUGAGAUAAAUGAUACAUCUUUAAGUAUUACAGAUAACUACGAAGGACAACUUCGAGAAGAAAUAACAAUCCAGUCGAAUUUGAUAUUCACUUUGGAGAAGCAAGAGAGAUUGACAGCAGAUCCAGCUGAAAUUCCUGCAGCUCAAAGAGUGGAAGACAUUUGCGUUUCUAUGGUCGGCUUUGUGAUAGCAUUAGUAAUUACAGCACUCUUGGCACUAGUCGCUGUAGCUAUUGCUGUUUCAUGCUGGCUAAUGGCGUAUCGUCGCCAGCCAAAGACUGCUGGACCACUGCCACAUCCACCAGAGUUCCCAAAUCCAUUGUUCACUACCGAAUCUGUAGCUGAACCGUCUCCUGAUUAUCACCUAUCUUAAGUGUUCUAGGAUAAUUAUUAUUUUUUAACAUAAUUUUAUAAUACUUAAUGAAAUACAAUACAGAUCACAAUUUUUUAUUGGUCGGUCUUGUAUUUCCAUCAACAACUCUUCCAGUGACUAAAUUUCCGUUUCUUUCUUCUGAAGGGUUCACAUAAUAUACAACAUGUUGUAUGUUCAUUGUUAUAUAUGAGUAGCCCGAAUUAAGAUAUAUAUAUAUAUAUAGAUAUACAUAUAGAUAGAUAAAUAAUUGAAGAUUGAGAGAGAGAGAGAGAGAGAGAGAGAGAGAGAGAGAGAGAGAGAAAGGGAGAAACAUUUGCUAUUUAUGGUGAUGGUUUGCUUCCAUUAUCUACAACACAAUAGAACUUCCAAUGUCUUCCAAUACACUACUUUUUUCCUAUACUUCUUCUUUCCAUUUUCUUCUUCUUCAGUCAUUGGAAGAUUUGUUAAGCGUAACACAGCGAAUUUAAUUCCCGUGUAAAGUCAAACGAAUUAGUCUAAUAUAGCUUUCUUAUGUCGUGCGUAGGUAACUGUACAUUUUCUCUAAUAAAAUGCUAAUGUAAUAUUUUUAAAA